AUGUUGGGGCAGGGCGGGCAUACAGCCCUGGCUCUCGUGUCAUUACUGCUGCUACUGUGGCGUGAAGCAGCUCCAAUCGAAGUCCCACAAGAUCGUAAGUCACUCGGAAAUGAUCAGAUUCACUUUAACUCUGCAUGACGCAAAAAAAUAAAAAAUAAAAAGUGAUUUGAAUUCCACAGAAAAAAGUGCAAGACUCAAAUUUGAUUAAAGGGAGGUUGGCUUUGCGAUGGUGCACAUAUGUUUGCAAAUCAAGGUGAUGCAAAGCACGACUGAGUGUUAUGAAAAUAGCUCUUUAGACAGAGAAGGACAGCAGUGCUAGAGUAUUGAAGUAAUGCUCUGAUUCUUCCAACUAUCUCUUGCUCGUCUCUCAGACACAUUCCUUCAACAGAUAUUUCUGACUCAAAAGUAGAGACCCGUCUCCAGUUGGCUUCAUCAGUUUGAUUGUUGCAUGAACCGUUUUAGUAAAGGGCAGAUCAUUUUGAAGCAAAUCUACCCUUUUUCGGUCCAUUAGACAAUUUUUAUCUAGCAUUUUGAAGUGACUGUAAAGAUUCAGACAGGAGACAUAGUAUCAAAAGAAAUGCACAAUAAACAACAGAGGUCCUAAGCUGGAUUCAGACACGCCAUGCUGUUGCCUGGUAAUUUUUUCAUAUGGAAUAAUUGCAAACAGAGUCUCUGCUCAGAUAGUGCCAUGUUAUUGGCAUUGCGUAGUAUGGAUGAUGGCAGGAGUCAGAGACUGACAAACUUUAAUUUUUGACUCUGUGAUAUUUAAAAGUAAACAAGACCAUCAACAACAUGACUGAUGAGUUUUGUAUCAUUAUCUUUCAGGGAGAGGGGGUAGGUGAUAGCUGAGCAGCUGCAGAAAAGGCCCUGUUUUUACAAUUUCAAUAUAUGAUAUUCAUGAGAAGAUAAAUGUGAUUGCCAAAAGUCAGACUAUGCUGUUGAAGCUCGUGGAGGACAAGAAGGCUUCGUCCACAGAGGACGUUAAAAUGGGCGCAAACUAAGAGUCUCUCACAGGAGCUUAAAGAUGGAUAAGAUGCUAACACAACUCUUUCUCCACCAAGGAGACGGUGCCGCAAUUGUAUCCCUUCUGUCGUCUAAAUAUGGUUAUAUUGUUUGCUUAAAUAAACAAAAAGGACAACAGUAAAAUUUGACAAUAUUACUUUCUGUCAGUUUUUAAACUGUCAAUGGUUUAAACGCAAAUGUGUGUAGAUGUAUAUUUUCAGCCUUUAGACAGUAGUCUCAUUAUUACUGAUCUACAGCAAAGCUGGCAUGGUAACAUAAACCAUUUACUCAAAACAAUGGAUCAACAUGAAAUUCUACGUUGAGAAAAAUCUUCUUCUUAAAACCAGAUUAUCACCUUUUUAAAAGUCCUGAUGCAGUGAUUCAAAAAGGAAAAGAGUAAAUGCUUGUUUUUUACUCUCCCUUCAACUAUAAGGUUUAAGUUCAUUCUCAGGCUUCAGAUCAUUUGUGCAUUAAUUUUUAAAAAUAUAAACCACGUGUGUCUGCUGGAGUCGAGGCAGCGAUCCCAUUAACAUUUGAUUAUCAUGAGAAUAGACAGACUCAUAUCCUGAGGUGAUAAGGUGUCACUUUGGGUGGCUAAGCCCCUGCAAAUUCAAAGAUGAUAGGGGGUUCAUUGAUUCCAGCAUGCACACACUAAUACAUAAUCUUACUACACUCUGAACACACACAUGUACACACAAAACACACACACACAACAUCGCAGUCUUAUUCUUAUACCUGUCUAUAAAGAGAGGAGUCUGGAUUCAGCUGUUAAAAAGGCUCCUGAGGGAACGGUGAACAAAAGCACCGAGGAGAAAAGGAGAAGUCGUCCUUAUUUUAUUUCUCCACCAUCCAUAUGACACACACACACACACACACACACACACACACACACACACACACACACACACACACACACACACAAAAACAUACGUUAUUCAUACGUUAUUCAAGCACAACCGCACACAGACUCCUUUCUUAGAGCUAAAAUGAAUGUUUCACAUUCAUAUAAUGAAAAAUGAUUCCAUACUGAGAAAGGCCCAAGGACACCUGGAUCACACACGCACACACGUACGUGCGCACACACACACACGCACACACACACACACACACACACACACACACAUACACACACACAUGCACACACACACGCACACACACACACACACAAACACACACAGCUGUCAUCUGCUCUGUUUUUUAUUCCUCAGCCCUCCUAUGGUGCCAUCUCUCUCCCUCUUCUGUUUUUUUUAUAAGCCUGACCUUUCACCCCUGGACUUAUGAUGCCCUAUUGAUCUGAUACACACACACACAAACACGCACACGCGCACACACAUACACACUAUGCCAACACAGACUAAUUGUAUAACAUCCCUUAUAACACACUGACCUUUUCUUUUUAAUAAAUUCAGCACUCUGUGAUAAAGUGACAGGCGAGGUUUGAUUUAUUUCUGACAGAUAUAAUCAGCUUGUCACUUUUAGAUAAAUUCAGCUCACUUACUUAGUAUAUUAUUAUUUGGUUUUCUUAUGGAAAUUAGAGAAUUUGUCAAAUUAAAACAUGAAGCAGAAAAAAAGACAUAGAAUAUCCUUAUUAACAUUUAGAUCAAAUUUUAGAUUCUGGAGGGCUGGAGCGAGAAGAACAAGGUUAUAAAUAAAGCUUCUGGUAACAUCUAUUUAAAAAAAAAAAAAGAUUCUUUCAAAUAUUAGUGAAUACAUCUUAAUUUUAUAUUUCAUGUUAGAUAUCCUUAUAUCAAAACAUUUUUAUCAGACAUACGUUUAAAAAUCAGAGGAAUUACUUCCAUGCAGAAACCCCCCAAAAUCACUCCCAGAUUAUUAUUUGUUGGUUGAGGGAAAUGGGGACAAACACAAAAAAGAAAAUGGCCCAGUGUUGUGUUUGUUGGGGUGUCUUUAGGGGGGGUGGUGUACCAGUUUCAGCCCUAUCACCAGAGUCUGUUUGUGCUGUACAGUUAAAACUGUUAUUGUGCACUUAAUUGAAGUUCCUUGAUUACAUAUUCAACCAAUGAAAUAAAGUGAAACAGAGUCAUUUGUGACUGACAACAUAGAUCAAAACCUGGUCUACUCCCUUGUCCAUUUCAGGAAUUUAGAGCAGACGCUGCAUUGACAUGCUUCUCAAGUUGGGUAGCUGAUCUGGCUUUGGUGUGUUCACAUGCUUUUAAUUUGGAAAAGUCAACAACAUCAGCAAACAAGAUCCUUUCUGGAGUGAAACCUGUGAUUUUGUUUUACAAAUAUUUGCGAUUUUUAUCGAUUUUACUUUUUCUCUUCAAAUAAAACUACAAAUGAGAAAAACAUGGCUUUUAACACUCGUUUGUUCGAGGUCUGACACCGCAUAACCGAACCAAGUCUAAACGACUGACAGAAGUGAGCUUUUUUUGGCAAUAAACUGUUCACUCAUACUAGCAGCCAUGUUUUUAUUGUGUGUUUGUCUCUGCAGGAAGCGACCGAGGGCGGAGGGUUAAGGGUCUCGAAAGAUAAGAGCCCAGGCAAUGGAGAAAGUCAGAGAGAAAAUCCAUAAAUCUUAGAUAACCACGAAUGCAGACUGAUUGAUUAAAUUGAUUUAUCGCACAGCCCUACACAGAACAUGAGAAAAGGUUUCGCCCCUCAUGUUGAUAACAAAACUGUUGGCAGCUUCUCUGCUGAGUUUAGAAUAUCAUUCAAACUUUCCAUUUACAUUUUCCAACUCUUUUUCUGAUGUGUUUGACACUACAUGAAUACAGCAAUAAAUAAGCCAUUUAUGAUGAAGGUCAAGUGUCACACAGCGAUCAGGUAAACAGAAGUUGGUUUUCUCUCCAAGUUUGGUGUCAGCAGGUAACAGAGCUGCCUGGAUUUUCAUCUUUGCAAGAGUUUUGCUUAUUUUCUGAGGUUUAGCAGAUUAAUUGGUUGUAUGAAGCCCAAAAUGAUGAGAAAGGGCUGUGGCCAUGAAAUCUCAGAUUUUUGUUGUUUCACUAAAGCUCAGUUCAUUUGAUAAUAAACAUAUUAAAUUUCCGACAAAAGUCACCUGUUGUUAUGUAGUUGAGAUGUCUUUAUUCUCAAAGCUGAACAAAAGACUUCAAAAGACAAGAUCAACAACUGUAAUCAAAUAUGUCCAUGAACAGUUAUGGCUUAAAAAUAAGGCGAGUAUUGAACAGAUUUGCAGAGUUGACAUGGCAUUAGUUUAUGUGUAGGUCUAAGAUAACAACUAGUCUCUAGCUCCAUUUGAUUUUGUUGUAUCAACAUGAUUCCUGGUCCAUAUUUCCUAUCCGAAUAAUCAGAAUUAAGUGAAGUAGGUUCAUUAGAGAUGUAUCGUAAAAGUCUCUGGGGUCCUUCUGUCAGACAUAGUAAUCAGAUCUAAUCGAUAGUGAACUAUUUUCAGCUCCUCGUGGCACUUCAUCACAUUUUCUUAUUGAAAGCUGAUGCUACAUGACAUGUUAAAUCCCUCAUGACUCUUCUUUUGUAGUGUUUUAUCAGAGCCAACUGAGGUACCGCAGUAUGUUUAAGGUUUAAUGAGAAUCCCCCUCCCCCAGCUCUCCUUCCUUAUGUCUCUUUAUCUGCUUCAUAGCAAACUGCCCUUCUGACCUCUAUUGAUGAGGGCUUUCCGCACAUCUCACCGAACACACACUCCAUCUCUGCAUGUUAACAUCCAAAGAGCAGAUGACGAAAACAGUUUAAAUUCAGCUGAUAAAUCUGUGGGGUUGUGUUGUAGCUGGAAACCAAGAAGCUCUAUAAACUGGUUUAAACAUGUGCAGAUAAAACAGCCUUAACAGUUCACUGCAGCUCUGAGCACCUCAUGUCAAGGCUCAUCAGUAACUGUCACACAAACACAAGGUCAACCUCCUGACACACUGUAGUUUCAUUAUUGUGUGUGUGUGUGUGUCCCUUUGUGUGAGAGGAGAGGGGGUUAGAUAACAUAGAUGAUCCAUAUUCCUGCUGAAUAUCUGCACAUACACAUAUUUAAUAUAGUUACAGUGCAGCAUUUGGAAGGAGGGAAUAAAAAAGGUCACAUAUGCUGCAUUAAACAACUGGUCCAUUGGAAUAAUAAUAAUAAUGUGACCUAUUUUGGUUUAGUAGUCAUCCAAAAUGAUUUUGAAAAUGAAGAGCAAUACAUCUCUCAUUUUUGAGUGUCCUCUUGAAGAUCUGUCCACAAACAAAGAAAACUCAUCAAAGCUAAAUCAAAAAUGUCAUUUUGGUUACACCUAUCUCUAUAACGCAUUAUAAAUAUAUUUAUAAUGUGUUAUAAUCAUGUUAUAGCUCUGUAUAACUAUUGUUUUAAACACUCAUAAAUGAUCAUAAUGCUUUAUAGCAAUAAUUAUAACACAUUAUAAAGCAUUUUAUUAUGACUUACAAGGUCAGGUAUUAUAAUGUGUUAUAACUGUUAACAACAAUUGCAUUGCAUUAUCUUUAUGGGCAUUGUCAGUGAGUUGUUAACAGUUAUAACACAUUAUAAUACCUGACCUUGUAAGUCAUGAUAAAAUGAUUUAUAAUGUGUUAUGAUUAUUGCUAUAAAGCAUUAUGAUCAUUUCUAAGUGUUUAUAACUAUAGUUAUACAGUGCGAUAACAUGAUUAUAAUUAUAUUUAUAAUGUGUUAUAGAAAUAGGCGUCAAAUAAAGUGUUACCGUCAUUUUUUUUUUACAAGAGAAAGCCUGGUAUGUAAAUCUGUCUUCGUCUCAAUAGUUCUUUUUUUUAACACCUGAAUUGGUGGUGGAUUCUUUUAUCAAUCUUUUAUAUUGAGUCUAAGAGCUGUGCAUAAACACCAUUAAUUAAAGGCAUGGUGAGUGUGGUAUUGUAGCUGUUUGCCAGGAGACCGAGGGCCUACCUCAGCUGAUUUCUUUGCCUGUUUAAUCAAGAUUGUUUCAAAGUUAUGUUGAGUCAGCAUCUCCAGGAAACAAUGGAUGAGGUCACUGUACUCCAUGUUUUCAUACAAUCCAUGAUCUUCCAAGAACACUUUCCUCGAUUUAUCCAUUAUUUUGUCACAUAUCAGUUAUUAACAGGGGGAUGUAUUCAGUGUCACAGCCGUCAUUGCUCAACCUGAAGUCUGACUUUUGUAUUUUUUUUUCUCUUCCUUUGUGCUCAUCCUCUGCUGGAAUGGAAAUCCUUACAGGUAAGGCUUCAGUUAUUGUUUCUCUGUUUAGUUUUCAUUUGUUUCAUCACAUAUAGAGCACAGCUGUAAGCUGUUAUAGUGGUUUUCAACUAACCCACCAUCUAGAGUCAAAUAUACCUUAUAAUGCUUAACUCAGUUGGAGCUCCAGCUUGUUUGCUUACAUCUAUACUCAGUCUUGCUGUGAGGAGAAAACACAUAUUUAUUGUACUGCUUCUUCAUAAUGGCAGCUAAAUUAUUUAAGUGUAACUGGGGAUAAAACUGAAUUAAAUAGCACGCUCUACAGCAAGAGAGUACGUCAAAGAGACUUGAUUCAGGUUUAGUUUAGUGUUUGGUGUAGAUAAAAGCAGCAGAGGUUUAGUUUACAUCCACAGGCUGCACAUAUCGGGAGGGGAGAAGCCACCUUUAAACAUGACUUUAACUCCAGCUGAUGUUUACUUAAACUCCAAGGUGCGUGACGUUAUUCUGCUUCUCUCCAGGAAGAUUGAAACUGUGUUUCUAAAUAAAAGUGCGGUCACUGUGUUUCAUUAAAAAGAGUGUAUUUUGGGAAAAGCUGAAGCAUCUAAUAAAACCAUGUCAUUAUGAAACCCUGCAGCUAAGAUGCAUUAAACUAAAUCAUGAAAUAAAAUACAACAUAACAGUGUGUGCCCCAGUAUAACAUAGAACUGUAGAUAACAUGUUGCUAAUAUGAUUAACAAUCCCAUAACCACCUCUUUGUGUCCUCUCUGUCCCUCCCUGACUUCACGUUGGACUAACAGCAAAGAUCCUGAAAGACCGUAAGUGUUUCUUUUUUUAACAUGCUAUUUUUGUCCCACCAGCUUCUUUUUGAGAGCUGGCAGCCUUGGAUACAGCAAAAGCACAAUUGACUAUGAAAUGGGCUGGAUGUUACACACUGAACUACUGAUAUUUAGAGCUCAGCCCUCCUUUGACUGCACACAAGACAAAUACAUCCUUUUGGUUCACAGAUUCAGAAAAUUUCCCCACAUUGACUGAUUAAUAUAUUCCAACAGAUCAGUGGUGGAAAGAAACAAGUACUUCAUGUGCAUUUUAAACAGAGUACUGCAUUUUUACAUGGAGUAAUACCAUGUUUGUAGUUUAAAGACUGUUAGUGUAAAAGCACGGGGUGUAAGGGGAGAUGUCGAGGAGUCAUUUCCAUACCAAUUAUCUCCCUGUCCUGGCUUUUAUAACAACCAGGCUUACUAUAGAAACACUCUUAUGGUUGCCACAGCAACAUGAGACACGUGUAUUAUACAGUGCUGUGGAUUAGACUGGCUGGAAAAGCUUCAAUUACAGAGAGAAACUGUUCUUUCAUCUGUGUCAGGAAUUCAUCUGGUAGUCCAGUCACAGAGCUUUUCUUUUAGAGUAUCCAGCCCCUCCUUUAAUCUAAGAGGCAGACGGCCCUCCGAGGUGCUUGUUAUCUUGUGUUUUUGUGUUCUGUGAGAGUGUGUGCGUUUGAGUGUGUAUUUGUGUACAGUGCGCCCCGCAGAGCUCAAUGAGCUAGAAAAGUAUAAAGGGCAGAGACAUGUUGGCUGUUGUUAGUCUGUGCUUCUGAGGAUUUUGGCUUAAAUGAGCCAUUAAAUAUGUAUAAUAGACCGAACACAGCUGGAGGUGGACAACAUGAGCCGUUUACAGUUUUUCUUAGUAAGAUGAAACACAGGUUUAAACCAACUAACAAUAUAUGGCAUUCAUUUUUGAAUAUGUUUUUAAAUUGAGUUGAAAUUCUAUUAUGGUCAUAAUGAUAUUGAGUACAUUAUCGUCAGGCUAGAGUUCAUAAUUGUCAUAAAUAUUUGAUGAUGAAAUUAGGGGGUGUCCCUAAGAGACUAAUUUCCUAGUUAUUUGAAUGUAUUUGAACUAAUUUAAAUCCUGAUUAAAUGACUCAGAUUGAUGCGAGUGUGGCUAACAUGAGCAGAGCUAGCACCACCACCCUUCAGUCCUCCUUGCAGGUUAAUGUACAUGCCUGUGCUGGUUACCACUAUGUCUAAGUGGUUAUUUGCCAGUUUAACCGGAGACAGACUUCAUACCACAUAAAACUUAAUCUUCAUUUCCUCUACAUCAAAAUACUGACAAAUCACUCUGCACUUUGAGAUGCGGUCUGCAAUCUGUGCCUGUUUUCAUCCAUAUAGUACAGUAUAAUAGCAAUAUAAUAGUAGCCAUUGACUGGAGCUGUAGCCUCGGCUAGUGUUACUUAAAAAUACUUUUUUUGCAUUUAAAUUCAGGACAUAAGUUACUGUAAAUUAAAACAAUAAAAUGUGUUCAUCUUUGUUGUUUGUAUUUUGUUUUAAUGUUUACAUUCUGUAAUUUUUAAAGAUUUUUGUACAGUUUAGUAGUGUUUGCUGCAGUUGAGAGAUAUGUUAUCUCUUCAAAAUAGAAUAUUUUAAACAGAUGUUUAAUUGAAGCGUAUUUUAAUGACAAAAGAAACCUAGCAUCUUACUUUGUCUUUAAAUCAUUUUUCCAUAAAAGGACUUGAAAUUGUAUCAUUGGGCUGAUAAAUCUGCUUUUUCUAAUCCAUAUAUUUCUUUAUCCAAAUUAACUUGGAAAUUUAGUUUUUUUAAUUCAUCUAUUAGAUAGGAUGAAUCUGUAGGUUUCACAGCAUAAGUGACAUUUCUGUCAGAAGCAUAUUUAACUGCUCUAGUCUAAACACCCGAACAUCAUUUAGAUUAGAAACCCGCCAGUGACUGAUUUAGAUUUGCUAUGCUGCCAUUUAAGAUGAAAGAUGUGUCAUUGAGUCUUUAUAAGACAGCCCCAGACCUCCCUCAUAUGGUCAUUCGUCUUUAACUCAAAAGAAACAUUAAGAUGUUUUUUUUUUGCAAAGCUGCAUGUAAAUCAGGCUGUUGGAGCUGUUCUCUACUGUAGCUUGAGAUGGAAUUGCAUCUGUAAAUAAAUGUUGUUAUGUACAUUUUCUGUUCACAGCCUCACCCUUGUAACCUUCUCUCUGUCUCUCCCCUCCCCCCCACACAGUGAAGCAGCCCCCCACUAUAAUCAAACAGUCAGUGAAGGACUACAUUGUUGACCCCAGAGACAACAUCAUCAUCGAGUGUGAGGCCAAGGGCAACCCAGUGCCAACGUAAGCAUUAUGCAUACCCACAAACGCAUGAAUACACACACACACACACACACUCAAUGGUUACAACACACCCACUAAUCCCCUCAGUGUAAAGGAAUAGGUCAUACUGCAGAGAAAAAAAGGAUGUUUGAGGAGGCUGCAAACACUUCUGUAAUAUAACAUAUAUUUUAUUUUCUGUCAAUAUGGAAAGGAUCUACAGAAACAAAACUCACUCAAAUCAGUAAACCGAGCUCAUCUUGACUCAGAUGUAAGAGAAAGAAACUGCAGGAAAUUGGAAAUUGAGACAAAAGACUUUGUUUCUUUUCUUUACAUUUGUUCUCAAUAUGUCUGUCUGUCUUUGGUGUCACUUUGCCUCCUGUCUGUCUUUGUCUGGCAGUGAGACUUAUGAGGCCUGACAGGGCUGCUCAGAUGUGCUCUUCUGCCACUCUGCCCCCCUCUGUCUGUCUGUCUGUCAAUAACACAUUUCCUCCCUAGACAACCCUUAUUUCCUCAGUGACCCCCUCCCUCCCUGUAUUGAAUCAUGUCGUAUCCCCAAAGCUCUUCUCCUGCCCUCUAACAGUCCCAUAAACUCAGCAUGACACCUGUCUGUCUGCCCUCUGCAGCUUCAACCUGACAUGUGGUGCUAUCUGCUGCGCUCACCAUGUUUCCUGCUACCCCCCGAUACUGCCCCUCAUCAUCUUUGUCUCUCUGUCUGGCUGUCUGCUCCGGCAGCUGUGAACCCAUUAAACUCUCCCUGUCUAUCUGUAAUUUCUCUGACAUCUCUCUGCAACUGAAUCCAGACAAUAGAAAUUUACCAAAUUCACACGGCAUGGCCCUAACGCCAUGCUAAGGGGCGAAAGAUCAGACACUCAGGUUUACUGAUAAUGUACACAUAAGGAAUGAGGUGCAAAGUAGAGCUGACCCCAUGUUCCCAUGCGAGUUUCCCAAAAAAGGAGCUUACAUUUUACAGAUGUAGUUUAGUUUAACUACCAUCAGUGUAUCACCCACAGUAGCCGUCAGUUUGGUCCAUUUGUUGAAAAACUGGCCAAAGAAGCUGACGACUGUAACUGAAGAAAUAAGGCUUUACAUGUUAGCUCAUGAUAACGAGGAGUACAAAACUUUCUGAUUACAGCACAAGAACUUGCCAAACGUAUUUUUUUUCUCCCAAAUGUUGCCUUACUUCCUUCACAUGGCAUCAUGGGUAAUGAAGUCCUUUUAACACAACAUAAGUCAUCUGGCCUCCAAAUCAUUUCCUGAGUGAAACUUCAACAAAUUAAGUAAAUGAAAAUAAAUAUACAGUCAUCUUAAAACGUAUUACCUACUACAUCAUCUGUUUACAUGCAUCAUGACCUCAUUAACCGUUAAACAAAAUAAUUACUGGUGUUAAUUAAAGUCCGUUAAUUUAAACAGGUAAUUCAUUAAUAAAGGCAAUAGAAUCAAAAAUGUGAAUUUACAUCACAUCAUUUCAAGGUUAUUAUUUGAAAGCCAGUUUUAUUUGAACCAGAUCCUCCAUCAAUAUAAAAAAAAAAUAUUUUGUAUCUCUUCUCCACAAAACAAUCUGAUAUAAUUUGAUCCUUGGUGGUUACAAUCUACUUCAGAGACAGUGCGACAAAAUAAAGAACACACAAACAAUGCACAACUGCAAAUUACAAAUUGAAUCCCAAGUAUUUUUUUUUACAUAACCGAAAAAAAAAGAAAAAACAUCAUGAAAGAAAUUGUUAAUUCCUUUUUUUGAGAGAUAAUAUACUUGACUUACUGUAUAAAUUGUAGUGCUUAUCACUAAACUGAAGUGUUGAUUAAACACUCAUGCUCAGGUAUCCUACAAUAACAGGUUGUCAAGUGUAAAAAAUGUAAUUACAGCCUAACUCAGAUAUCUCCUGGUGCAUGUGGCGUUUUUGUCAAGACAUCCUCUGCAGGGAAAUUUCAACUCGAAUCUCAACACUCUCCCAUGCACAGCCAGACACACAAUGUAUAUGUUGGAUGCAGAGAUGGAUAUAGAUACAGGUACCUACUAUCGAGCGCUAUCAUACAGACAACAAUGAUCACAACUUUAACCACACACAGAAUUUAGAACAUCGUCUAAGCAACAAAAGCACAACUGGCCAAUUUCUGACUGAUAUUUGCUUCAAUAUUCUCCAAGAAAUCCCAACAACACAUGCAUCAUGUGCAGCAACACCAAGCCAUCCAGCAAACAGCCAGCAACAUCCAACAUCCACCUGCAAGGUUGAAAGCUGCUACUACAUAGUUAAUCAUGUGCACACAUACAGCUCACAUCUAUCAAAGUGCUCACACAGUUCUCGCUUUAAAACACACACAUGCACACACACACAUACACACACACACACACACACACACAGGGUCUCCAGUGGUUACGUCACUGGGGGUAUGACCAGCCCAGGACAGUAGUGCAUUGUUUAUUUGGAGACAGAUUGGCUUUACGUAAGACACACAUACUCACACAAACACACACAAACACACUCAUGCACGCUCACCCAGAUUCUUGUGUGCAUGUACACACUAACACUACCCCACAAUAAGGCACUCACAUCCACUCUUGCAAGCACACAUACAGGCUUCCCCCCUUCCCAGGACAGGCAUUGUGCUCCCAUAAUGCACUCUGUUGACUAUUCAUGCUCAUGAAACAUUCAGCGAAAAGGAUCGCUCACUUAUUCACUCGCAAUCAGUCUCUCACCACACACGCACACAAUCAAACACGCUCUUACACACACAAACACACAAAGUUGUCGUGUCGUGUUCUUCAGUAGUGGCCCAUAGUGCAUUUUCCGCAGAGUGCAGCUAAACACAGAGGCACGGUUCAACCGUAACCCUCCAAAAAUGACAGGAAGCAUCUUUUCUAUAAAUCCCGGCUCAUCACUAAAAAUAGGGGCGGGUUAUGUAAGCAUAUUCAGAGUUCUUCACUAAUCAAAAAGCCUUCUGGAAACACCACAUGGAGCAGGAUUAAGCUGCAGAAGUAUUACACGCACAUGGAGAGCGGGUGCUGCAGCAGAUUUUUGUGCCGGCAGAGAAAUCUAUGAUGGCAACCGCAUGACAGGCAGGAGGCUUUCACGUUUUCUGGUUGUUGAAACAAUUAAGAGUCCAGUUUUGUAUGGCAACUGAACUUUUACCAUGCUGCUUAUGCCUUUAUUGUCUCCUCUAAAACAGGUCCAUUUGAAUUCCCUCUUCUGUGUUCAUUUCUUUUCAGCCUGAUCACUUAAAACUACAUCAAUGAAUGUCAGUCUGCUUUCAUUGACAGCAAAACUGAAAAACUUUCAAGAACAGAACUGGGAAAACCUGAACUCAAAAAAGGGUUUUUCUGUAAAACAUGUUUACAGGAAGUAGUUUAAAAGUCAGAAAUAGUGAUUUAGAGGUGACAGAAAGUAAAAAGAGAACUGCUGAAAAGCCAAACUCUUUUGAGAAACUGAAAAACUUCUCAGAAAACUAAAUGUAGAAUACAUAAUAGAACUUGAGUAUCUCUCUUAGUAUAUCUUUUACUUUUCUCAAAUAAAUCCUAAUGAAACAGAAUCAGGUUUAUUGACCAGCAGGUUCAUACAUGCAAGGAAUUUACUUUGGUGGUUUCGAUACAAAUUAGUAAUGCAAAAGUAGAUAGCUAGGAGACAUUCAGGGGGCAUUAACAAGUUAAAUUAUACAGUAAAGAAUGAUAGAGACAAAUUGUACUCUUGUUGAACUCGUGUGUCUACAAGGUUGCAAAUUUAUUAAUACUUUAUAUUAUGAGUAUUACAAAUUUUAACUGGGCAACUGAAAACAAGGGAUAAUAAAAUUCUACAUGGCUAUUUUUCAAGUAAAAAAAAAAACACAUUUGACAGUCCAGCUAACACCAACUUAUCUCAGACAGGAACUAAUCACCAUAAGCAUUAGAUUGUGUUAGAUCUAAGAGGUUUGCUCUUUCCUCUUUUAUCAUGUAAAACUGCUGAAUGUUUGUAUUGUCACCAAGGUCGACUUUGAUGCUACAUCUCUGAUUGGUUGUCUUUUGGCUUAGGUUCUCAUGGCGAAGGAACGGGAAGUUUUUCAACACCGGGAAAGAUCCCAGAGUGACGAUGCGAAAACGCUCUGGGACUCUGGAGAUUGGUUUCCGUAGCGGAGGGCGGCCAGAGGACUACGAGGGAGAGUACCAGUGCUUUGCUAGCAAUGAUUUAGGGGUGGCUCUGUCCAAUAGAAUCCUGCUCCGAGUUUCCAGUAAGAACAGAGAAAGAUACAAUAUUUGGACAUUACGCAUCAAGAAAUUAAACUGGGUCAGAGAAAAUACAUUAUAACCAAUGUGUCAGGUGUAUUAAAUGAGAAAUUAUGAAUGGAAUCUGCAAAUUCUUGAAAACGUUAAAAUUCCUGUGAAUUUGCUCACUGUCUUUUAACCACAUUGGCACCAGAAGUGUGCUAUAUUCUGUUCAAUCAUGAAUACAGUGAACCAACCUAAAUGUUCCCCUUUAUCCAUUCCCCUCUCCUUCCUUCUUGUCUUCAGAGGCUCCUUUGUGGCCUAAAGAGGUGCUGGAACCAGUGGUGGUAGCGGAGGGCUCCCCACUGAUUCUCCCCUGCAACCCCCCACCAGGCCUGCCUCCCCCCUUCACCUUCUGGAUGAACAGUGGUAAGCACUCAUUUCACGCACAAACACAAAUGCACCUUCAGUGUUUAUUAUAAAAGAGGUUUGCUCGAUCUGAUUCGUCUGUUUCCACACUGUCUGCACUUCUAUUAGCAGGUAAAAGUGACCGAUUGAGCCUUUUUCAGUGCGGUUUUAUAAUUAUGAGGUUGGCUUUCGUGUGAUCAAUGUUUUGAGGUGAUACAGAGACUGGAAGCCAUUACACUGAGCAUUUUAUUUAACGCCUAUGUCUUAACAUCAGCAUUUUGAACCAAGAGCAAAGGUCCUUUCACACCAGGACCAUUUUUGUCCUGCGAUUAUUUCGGACGUCAAUAUUUUUUUUCGAACCCAUAUCCUGUCAAAAUUCGCCUCCGACUAUUUUGUAAUUUCAUGUUCUAUAUUCGCGUCGGCCCCAGUGUGUAAGGACCUUAAAACUUAGAUACCACCCACAGUGUCUUCGGAUGUGAUCCUAGUCAUGGUUUUGUCAACAGGAAAAGUUGCACAACAAACUGAAAAAAGAUAAUUUUAGAUUUUAAAGGCUGAAACCAAUCGGGAGUUUCUCGAGGUCAAUCAGCAUUCAGAUGAGAAAACAAUCUUGAUGAUGAGUGCGCAUUAUUUAUUUUAAAAUCCCUUUACAUUUUCAUCAGCUGAGGGUCUUUUAGGUCAUCUAAUCCUCAUUCUUAGAGCCGUUUCAGUGACAUGCUUUAGUUCAGGGUUUUAUCCUUCUGGCUUUUGUCUCCCUCAAAAGAAGUAAAACUUUUUUAUAUUCUAACACUGUUGUAUUUUUACUCUGAAGGCUCAUAUACUGUGUAUAGGGCUGGGCGAUAUGGGAAAAGGUUUAUCACAAUAUAUUUUUUCACAUCAGUUGAUAUCGAUAUAUAUCACGAUAUAAAAAUGAAAUUUAACAGUGCUUAUUGGUAGCAUGUCCUUUGCAAUACAAUAAGCUACUGCAUCUGUGAGUUCACUGACAGUGCUGUCGGCUUCACGUGUUAAAGUGCUAUAGUUGCGUGUAACUGCAGCCUGUAACUUUGCAUUUGUUUGCUACUUGGUUUUAUUUCAGCGAAUGAUCGGUUCAGCGCAAAGCGGACCUGGAGCAACUCCCCAAAACAUGGCAGAAUACUGACUAUCAAAAAGCAUAUUGACCAUGUUUUGUAUUGAUAUUGAGGGACAUAAAUUUUCAAUAUAUAUCAUUAUCAUUUUAUUGCCCAACUAAUGUCCAACAAGAACCCAUAUUUAAGAUUGCAAACUUGGUGUCCUUGAGGCUGUUUCAACUUGGAUUGCAGUUUGUGUGUUUUCUAAACUAGCCUCAUCACAAACUACAAAAAUGGCUUUCCAGAAUAUGAUGAUUAUAUGAUAGAGGAGACAUUUACAGUGUUUUGGCUGACUUAGAUACUUACCUGUAGCAGGCAUAUCAGGUGGAAGAAAUGCAGCAGAGUUGGAUGUACUGUAAUGACAUGAAAUGCAUCUAUUACAUGAAAACACCGUCCUCAGAAACAAUAAAACUGAUUACUGCAAGUAAUUAUUCUUGUAUUCGAGAUGAUGACUUGUUUAAGGAAAACAUUUCAACAUAUUCACCAAAACAAAAAAAGAAUUCCUGCCCAGUUAAAUACACAGACAGUGAAGCUGUAAGCCUUUUACCCAAUGUGACCUCUAGUCUCUCUGCAUAUAAAUGACACACACUGACUGAAACACACACUCAGAUCAUCCACUGUACAUCAUAUCAGUGUGGCAUGUAGCCCAGACAUUGUAUCCCGCCAACAUGUGAUUAAGGUUGCUGGCUGGGCUGCUGAUUGGUCCUGGGGCGUUGUCUUGGCGACCAUACGGUUCCCAUCAGUCAGUGCAGUGAAGAAGCAAGGAUGAUAGUGUCUGAGUGUCUGUGUCGGUGAGCUGUGAGCUAACAUCUGCCUGUAGCGGCUGUAGGAUGACACAUCAGCAGGACUACCGAGGCUAACACGAACAGACGUGGAACAGAGUGUGCAAAUAUAUGCAUCCAGCUCUCUACAUGCUACUGGUCGGCCUGGAAGGGAUCCCUGCUUCAACGUUUGGAUAUAUUUGUAUGCUUUUAUAAAGAUGCAGGAUACAGUAUUAGCCUGGCAUUCCUCAACAAACGUGUACAAACAGAAACAGGAACACGAGAGAGGCAGUUCAACUCAGAGUAUUUGUGACAAACAUGUAUGGUUACUCACAGCUUACUGGAGAUGAAGUAGUCCAGGAGGAGGCAGCUAUGAAUGAAUAAUGCAACAAGCAAACAGCAUCCAGGAAAACGGACAUAGGGGGGAGGCUGGACGUUUGAUACAGAGAACAGAGUUGACCUCACACUGAGAAAAGACAACACCCAACAUCUCAGCCACACUUUUUUUCCCCCUAAACAUUGUAGGUACCUCACAUGCAGUAUGCACACCUUAUGAAUUUAGUCCUAUAUCCUAAAUAAGGACUUGAAUUUUGCUACUCUUUCUCAAACAUAUAUUUUCUUUCUGUAGUGAAUCUUACUGUUUUUGAGUCUCAAAACAUUAUAAAUUUGCAGAAAGUCCUGUAUUGAUAAACAAUGCUGAGAAUCCUCUCAUAGAGCUCUUAACUUUGCUCAAUGACCUUUAGCAUCUAGGUCUGGCUUAGGAGUGAUUUACAAACAAUGUGAGGGUGACUGAGCGAGGAAGAGAUAGGAUCUUUAAGCUCAGUGAGGAAUCCUGGUUGACCCUGUUGCAAGGUAUUCCCUCACAAGCCAUGAUUGGUCAAUUUACAAAGGAGAGAAACUGUGUGAAAGAAGGAUCCUUUUAUUAACAGGCAAAGAAGAACAACAACAUUAAUCAGCCUGAUCAGAUGUCUGAAAAUUCAUGCACACUGUACUGUUGCCUCUUCACAAGCUGAAAGUAAACUUAAACGUAUUCAUACUGAACCCCUUUCAGUCCAGGAUGCAGGUUGACCAAGUCAGCCUGUCCCAUUAGACAUAAAUUAACUUUGACUUUCCUUUUUGUUGUUUUUUUGAAACGAGUGACUGGUCUUUUUUUUUUUUACAUGGUAAAGUAAUUUAGAGGAUGUGUUCUCUUAUAUUGGAGAAUAAGUUUAAGUGAAAUCUAGAAAUGUAAAACUUGUAUACCUUUGCUGCUCCUCACCUCUUAUGCCCUGGUGUCUUUUAGCGUCUCUGUAAAAAUAUUUCUUCAUUAAUAACACUGGCUAAUUGCCUAAUGCUUAUGUCCUGUUAUCUUCUCUAUAGAUCAGAUGUGUUCUUGGGGUUUGAUUUCCUCUCUGUCUCUCUCUCUCUGUCUUCCAGGUAUGAUUCCCAUCCCUCAGGAUAAGAGAGUGUCCAUGGGUUUGAACGGUGACCUCUACUUUUCCAACGUUUUGGCCAAAGAUGCUCACACCGACUACAGCUGCAACGCUCGCUUCCUCUUCACACACACCAUCCAGCAGAAGAACCCCUUUACACUCAAAGUUCCGACCAGUGAGUACACAACACACACUCACAGUGACACACACUCAUGAUUGUGAGUUAUAUCUUCAAAAACUGCUCAUUAAUCAUUUAUGAUCUGUUAAUGUUUCACUGUUUUAUUUGUACAGUACUGCUGUGACAGCCUGUGACCUCUGUGGUCCUGGGGCCUGGACAACAAAGAUAUUGGGGUAGAUUUGGUAUUUGGAGUACAAUACAAUAAUAGAAUACAUUUUAUUUAUAAAAACGUGUUUCUUUAAAUUCAAGGUUACUUUACAAAUAAAAAAGUACAAUACAACAACAAGAUAGAAGUCAAAUAUAAUGUUAACUUGGAGUUUUCAACACUAAGAAGGCAGUAAUGUCACAAGACCUUUUCAUCGCUGUUUGUAUCAUAUGAAUCAUAUGAAUGUGGAGGGAAAAAAAGAAAGUUUUUACAAGUUUUUGAUUUAACUUUUGCAUGAUUUUGUAUGAGGAUUUAUUUAAGAUCAUUUACGGGUCAAUCUCAUCACAAUCUGGUCUUAAACAGCCAUGCCGAAAGCAAAUGUAACAUGUAAAGCCCACAAGAUGCAACUCCCUGGUUUUGUGAAGUAUACCUUAGUUGAUGAGUUGUUGACCUGAGAGGCUGAAUGUGUAAAAUUCGGUCUGUCUUUAUGUACAAGUACACCAGCAGCAAGAGUGGCCCACUACACUACACUACGCAUACUCUCCAAAUGUCUCCCUAAAGCUCUUUUCAAAAAUUCACUCCGGAAAACGUCUGGAAAAUUUCAGGGGGCUCUUGUGUGGAAAUUUAUCUGACUGGACUGUUUACACAUAAAUCCUUACAGCAUGAAGUCCCCCCUGUUGUAGCGUGGAGGGGUUUCAAGAGGCUAACCACGAUUUCAGAUCAACAUUGCUGUUGUCACGAUGUAACGUUUUAAAAUUCUGCCCAAGGUCAAAAUCACUGAUCCUUCAAUUGAACUUUUCCAGGAGUUUAAGGUUUUUUUUUCCACUCUCAACCUCCUAGAAAGAUGUGUCUGUUCAUAGAUGCAUAAAACAUGCAGUAUAUGUACACUUAUCAUAUAUACACAAAAAUCCUUGACGGAUAAGUGAAAUGAACAUACUGGAGAGGAGAACUGAGUAUAAGGCCAUCUGACCACUUUGCGUGCUGUCCUCUCAGGUUCAAUAUGGCAUUAUGUUGAAGUGUUUCCCAAUAGAUGUGCUACUAAGCGGCUCUGUGCAUGUGUCAAGCUUGUCACUUGUGGGAGUGUAAUUGGAUGAAGGACAUCAGACUGUGUAGAAAAGCUGCUGUGUAAAUCUGAAUGACGGAUUGUGCAAUAGAGAAUAAAAGCACACUCCUACACCUCUAACACUACAAACACAGAGAGGAGUAGUGUGACAUGAAGUAACACUAUACUGACAGCAUUAUUUGAUAUGUGAUAUUGGUCCAAUGACAAACUGACCACCUUUGUAACCGAUUAAACUAGGUUGACUGUACACCAGGCAGUUUACCGCAUGAGAAACUUAAACAACCCCUGCCCGCUAACCUGAAAAGAUACCAGGGCGAGCAGGAGCUGGAAAUUUUUUGGGUGAAGUUGAGUGGAAAACCCAGAUUUUAGAUCUUUUUAUUUUGAGCCUCUGUAAGGAAAAAAAAAUCUCAUCCUGUUUUCAUUUAAUGGUCCGUUGAAUCAUUUAUGUUGAUUGAUUCUUAUAAGACCCUUCCAUCCCAACAGCUCAGAUACUGUAUUAGAAAUAACUAGAAAUAGUAGAUUAUUAUGGUCUAGACUGAUUAUUAUGGUCUUUGAAUUUAGGGUAAGGAAAACCAGAUUACCAAAACAAGCUGACUUUGGUGGCUGAACUUCAUCAUAUAGUCCUCUCUUCUCGUCCUAUGUGUGUGUGUGUGUUGUGAUCACACACCAAUGCAACCUCUGUGAGGAUAAGACAGGAUAUGAGAUGAGAUGCAUGAAGUCAUAACUCUUUAUUAUGUCUCCUCAGGGUGUUGCGAAAUAAAGAAGAGGAUGAAAUGUUUUGUUUUUGCAUAACUUUGAAUCUUUUCUUUCAGCUUGUGUGGUCCAUUUGUGUUGUGUGUGUGUGUGCGCAGACUGAUGAUACAAUGUGUGUGAUUGUGUUUUCAGGCGAGCCGUAUAAUGAAACAUCUUACAAUGCCACUGACCCGUACGGUGGUGAGUCACUCUAUGUCUGGACAGCUCUGUUUUCUGUCCACCUCAGUCGUGUCGCACUUUAGCAUGGCGAGCGCACUAACCUGCUAGCUCAGUGAUGCCAAAGUCACGCACUGACCUCACUCUGACUGUAGACACACGUUUAACCCCCUAACCGCUCUCGAGCUGUAGGACUCACUGUUUGCUUUCAUGUGGAAAUGUGAGUGAGGAUUGUUGUGGUACAGAGUUUUUCAUAUUAAGACAUUUUCCAGGAGCAGAUCAGCAACACAUUGUUAUAACAUUUAGAGCUUUCUUAAGAAUCUGCAAAAAAAAUGAGUGUUACAUUUUAGUAUCUGUGCGACCUUUACUUAACGACAACUUCACAAGAUGUGUCACAUUCCUAAUUUUACAAGCAGAUGGCUCCUCCUUUGACAUUACCCUUCAAAAUUACACAUAGGCUGAUCACAUAUCAAAAUAACAACUUUAUGGCUGAUGUGCAUCUACAUAUCUGCAAAUUUACUUCCUCAUUCCUGUAACUAUACAACUUUAUUCUUAAAGUACAGAGCCAACAGUAUUUGGGGAUUUCAUUGUCCACAGUACAUAAUGUCCUUGACUAGUUUAGAGCAUCUGCAUCAAUCUCUAAACAAAAGAGACAGGACCAACACUGGGUGGCAGUGAGUUUUAAGCUUUUGGAAUUGAGUUAAAAAAAGACAGACUCUGUAGUGGAAACCACUGCACGGGCGUAUCAAAUCUAAAAAGCUUUGGCUGAGGAUAAAGGUUGUUGCUGCAUCCACAAAUGCUGGUUAAAACUGCAGCAUACAACUUCUCUGGACCUGAGCCAGUGUAAGAUGGACACAGAUUGAAAAGUUUUGUCCUGUGGUCUGACAUCUGAAAAUUUGACAGUCUUUUUGGAAAUCCUGGAUGCUGCAUUCUGAUCUGAAGAGAAGAGGGACCACACGGCUCAUUGUCAGCGCACAAAUCGAAAGUUGGUUUCCAUGAUGGCAAAGAGAUGCCUAAGUAUCCGUGUCAUGAGUAGCUUCCACAUCUGUGAAGGUUCCAUUAAUGCUGAACAAUAUCUACAUCUGCUGCCAUCCAGACAAAGACUUUUCAGGGAAGACCUUUAUGUUUUAGCAAGACAACCACAAACAACAUUCUGCAGGAAUUACAACAACACGGCUCUGUAGUUGAAGAGUCCUGCUGAUAGACUGGCCUGUCUACAGCCCUAACUCAUCGCCUUUGCACAAUUGGUGACGCCAAAAUUAACAGUGUGGACCCUGAACUGUUGAGAUCUUUUUAUUUUGAGCCUCUGUAAGGAAAAAGAAAUCUCAUCCUGAUUUCAUUUAAUGGUCCGUUGAAUCAUUUAUAUUGAUUGAUUCUUAUAAGACCCUUCCAUCCCAACAGCUCAGAUACUGUAUUAGAAAUAACUAGAAAUAGUAGAUUAUUAUGGUCUAGACUGAUUAUUAUUGUCUUUGAAUUUAGGGUAAGGAAAACCAGAUUACCAAAACAAGCUGACUUUGGUGGCUGAACUUCAUCAUAUAGUCCUCUCUUCUCGUCCUAUGUGUGUGUGUGUGUUGUGAUCACACACCAAUGCAACCUCUGUGAGGAUAAGACAGGAUAUGAGAUGAGAUGCAUGAAGUCAUAACUCUUUAUUAUGUCUCCUCAGGGUGUUGCAAAAUAAAGAAGAGGAUGAAAUGUUUUGUUUUUGCAUAACUUUGAAUCUUUUCUUUCAGCUUGUGUGGUCCAUUUGUGUUUGUGUGUGUGUGUGUGCAGACUGAUGAUACAAUGUGUGUGAUUGUGUUUUCAGGCGAGCCAUAUAAUGAAACAUCUUACAAUGCCACUGACCCGUACGGUGGUGAGUCACUCUAUGUCUGGACAGCUCUGUUUUCUGUCCACCUCAGUCGUGUCGCACUUUAGCAUGGCGAGCGCACUAACCUGCUAGCUCAUUGAUGCCAAAGUCACGCAUUGACCUCACUCUGACUGUAGACACACGUUUAACCCCCUAACCGCUCUCGAGCUGUAGGACUCACUGUUUGCUUUCGUGUGGAAAUGUGAGCGAGGAUUGUUGUGGUACAGAGUUUUUCAUAUUAAGACAUUUUCCAGGAGUAGAUCAGAAACACAUUGUUAUAACAUUUAGAGCUUUGUUAAGAAUCUGCAAAAAAACUGAGUGUUACAUUUUAGUAUCUGUGCGACCUUUACUUAACAACAACUUCACAAGAUGUGUCACGUUCCUAAUUUUACAAGCAGAUGGCUCCUCCUUUGACAUUACCCUUCAAAAUUACACAUAGGCUGAUCAUAAAUUAAAAUAACUUUAUGGCUGAUGUGCAUCUACAUAUCUACAAAUUUACUUCCUCGUUCAAGUAUUUCAUUGUCUACAGUACAUAAUGUCAUUGAAUAGUUUAGAGCAUCUGCAUCAAUCUCUAAACAAAAGAGACAGGACCAACACUGGGUGGCAGUGAGUUUUAAGCUUUUGGAAUUGAGUUAAAAAAAGACAGACUCUGUAGUGGAAACCACUGCACGGGCGUAUCAAAUCUAAAAAGCUUUGGCUGAGGAUAAAGGUUGUUGCUGCAUCCACAAAUGCUGGUUAAAACUGUAGCAUACAACUUCUGAUGGACACAGAUUGAAAAGUUUUGUCCUGUGGUCUGACAUCUGAAAAUUUGACAGUCUUUUUGGAAAUCCUGGAUGCUGCAUUCUGAUCUGAAGAGAAGAGGGACCACAUGGCUCAUUGUCAGCGCACAAAUCGAAAGUUGGUUUCCAUGAUGGCAAAGAGAUGCCUAAGUAUCCGUGUCAUGAGUAGCUUCCACAUCUGUGAAGGUUCCAUUAAUGCUGAACAAUAUCUACAUCUGCUGCCAUCCAGACAAAGACUUUUUCAGGGAAGACCUUUAUGUUUUAGCAAGACAACCACAAACAACAUUCUGCAGGAAUUACAACAACACGGCUCUGUAGUUGAAGAGUCCUGCUGAUAGACUGGCCUGUCUACAGCCCUAACUCAUCGCCUUUGCACAAUUGGUGACGCCAAAAUUAACAGUGUGGACCCUGAACUGUUGAGAGGCUGAAAUCCUCUAUCAGAACAGAAUGUUUUCAGAGUUUUUAAAAGAAGAGGUGAUGGACCACGAUGUUAAACUGACCCCUGCUCCAACUGUUUCGAAAUAUGUUGCAAGCAUCACAUUUAAAAUGAGCAUAUUCAUAUUUUUCAUUUAAAAAAAGUUUUUUUUUUUGUCAUCUGUAUAUCAUUUUAAAUCAAAUACAUGGCCCCGUUUGUCUUCAUAAUUGCGGUCGUGCUACGACUUUAUACCUAUCAGUUUAAUGUUUUUUUCUCCAAAUCUCACAUUCUGCUAACCCGGCCUUAACAUCCCACCUUUUUGAAUAACUGAGAUAGUGGAGCGAGUUUAAUACAAAUGAUGCUGUAGAAUCAUUUUUCUUCCUUUAUUCGUGUCAGUCAGCUUUUCAUUAAGAACAAAUUUAAAUCAAAUGAAAUUAUUUCCAGUGACCAUCCAAACCAGACAUUACUCUCAAUAACAGACAAAGCACCAUCUUCACAGCCCUAAUACUCUCACUCUCUUCCAAAACUGAAAUAUUCAUCUCAUUUAAUCCGUAAUCUGUUUAUUCCACCUUUCAAUCAGUGUUAAAUGAUCGCACAUGAUGAAUAAACCUACAGUAAUUUACACAAAUUACCCUGGAUUCAAAUAUACUACUAAUGCACGGAGAGAGAGCUCGGUCUGUAUAAUCAUUUUGCCAUACACCUAUUAAAAGAGCCCAUAGCUGGAGGGGAGAGAUCAGCCAAAGUGGCAGCAUAUGGGCCAUUUGCUGAGCUGAGGGGUGCAGCAUGAGGGCAGUGGAGCCCAGGGGUAGAUGGGAUACGUCCCCCAGAGAGUAGAUCUUCCCUGUGAUCCCUGUGACAAAGCAGAGCGAAGCCUCUGAGGCUGAGUGGGAGGAUUAGGUCACAUGAUGAAUAUUCAGUUUGUAGUCCUGCUGAGGUCAUUAAUAAUCAUGUUUGUAUGGAAAUAAGGCUGCUGCUGCUUCUAUGAACACAUAUCUAGGGAGGAGUUAAAAUCAGACUCAAACAAAACAAUGUUUUAUUUUAUCACUGUUUACAGAAAAGGCAACUUUGUUUAGAGGGAGGAACAGGGUCUGAAGCUGCAGUGAAGCCCUGCCAGCAUCAUUAGCAGGUUGUUUGUGUUGUUUCCAUGGUGCUCACAGCGUCACUGUAGCUGCUGCAACUGUAGUGAUUGGUUAAAAGAAGAACUUUGGCAUUCGUCGCAGCUAAUUCCUGAUGUCUUCUUCUUCUUUUCAGUGUUUUCUCCUCUUCUUGUCUGUCGUUCCCUCCCAGUGUCACUAACUAUAACAGACCCUCCACACCCACUCCUGUCUGUUUAAAGGCCACUGGAGAAGCUAACUGCUAACAGAUGCUUUAAUCCUAUUCAGAUCUGCAUCCCAAAGGAAGCCAAUGCUAAUUUAAUGCUUUACAAUUCUAAGCAGGCUGCAGCUGUCUGCUCACACAGUGUUGUACUCAGCAUGCAUGUCUGGAUAUGUACUGGGGUAUAUUCAAUUUAUUUGAACUGGUGCACUCAGUGGUGAUGUUGCCAACAAUCUUUAGUUUGUCAAUUAAUCAAAUGUUAUUUUUAAGAUCAGCCCUUUGGAGCACAAGGAUAGAUCUCGACCUCCGCUUCUUAAAACUUCAAAGAUUAUGCUGCAAAGAGAACCCAUUUUGUAUAAACUAAGAGACUCUCUGAAGUCACAUCAAUCCAGCAUGUCAGAUCUUUAGUUUUGGAAUAAACAAAAGGCUGUUGCACUUUGCAAAAUGCUGCUAAAUCUGGAGAAGCUUUUGCCAAAAUACUUGAAAAUAUGACCCAUAUAGGAUAAAAUCCAUACUGGCUAUUGCCAUAGUGGUAAAUGCCAUAUCUAGAGCAUAUCUAAUCUCCAGGGAUGGGACCACUUUGGAACCACAGGGGUAAAGAGUUGACUGAUGCCAUGUUUUGACUGUCACGCGUGACACAUUUCUGAUGUUGGUACAGUAUUUUGAUCAUAUGUCAAAGAUCUGGUAAUAGUCCAGCCAAAUGCUGAGUCCAUAUUAUAGGCUGUAUAUACUAUGGAGAACUUGGUUCUGCCUUCUGCCAGUAUUCGGAUUUGAAGCCGAAAAGCACUCAGUAAUUCCACGUUUAUUCUCCAUUCCUGAAACCAACAUUGCGCAGUAGCGUUGUACGCACUCCAACACUUGCUCAGUAGCAUUGUGCGCAUUCAGCAGGAGUCACCGAGAGUCACUGUGAUGAUGCUCAGCUCAAACAGCAUAUCCCCGGGGUGAGCUACGCCAUCUUUGUACACCCAUAGGCUGUAUCAAGUGUCAAUAAUCAAAAACAUGAACACCCUAAUAACUUUUAAAAAUGGAGCUGUACAGAAAAAAAGGACUUGAGCACAAACUAGUCUCACACUAACUAUGUCAACAUCGCAAGGGGGAGAAAAAAUUACAUUCUGUGUAAUAAAUUUCUGAAGUUUGUCCACAGCCUCACAAGGAUGGCAGAUUUAUCCCCUUUACUGCAGCUCGUCACCAGAGGGUGCUGUUCUCAGAGUGGCUUCACCCAACGAGGAGGCAGACAGCGUCCAUUCUAGAUACAGUCUAUGGUCCAUGCAUUUUAAUAAGUGGCCGAGAAGAAUGUUGAACAAUAAAGUGAACUUCUACCUUACACUUAGAAUUGCACCUGCAGAUUCUGUCAGUGUAGAUAAGUUAGGAUUCCUUCUGAUAUUUUUUUUGUUUAUCACACGAAGAAGAUAAAUAGAAAGAGACAAAAGCAGCUGGUAUGACAGCAGACAAGGAAAUGUUGAAAUCUGUUAGAAUAAGUCAUUUAAUACAAAUUGAUUUGAACUAAGAAAAAAGAAAAUCAAUAUCCCCAUUACCUUUAAAGAGGACCUGUUAAAAAAAAAAGUCACAUUUAUUUAUUAUUAUUAUUUUUUUUAGGUUUUGUUCUUCAGAUAGUUCCCCUGUCACCGUACACCAACAGGGAGAGUUAAGCCCAUUCAAUGCCUGAUUGAAAUACCUCUUCUGUGGUUGUAGUUUGCAAACACAGUCAGCACUUGGUAGUUCAAUCACGUCCCUGAUUGCUCAGCUAAACAAACAGUUUGAUUAAUUCACACUCAGACCUUUGCUCACUAUUUGUGUCCAAGCAACCAAGUAAUCAAAUAAAGUCACCAGAGGAUUAAACUGUGGGGUGUGUAAAAAAAAAAAGUGCUCAAAUCUACGAGUCAGCUCCAAGAAGCACAAAAACUCUGCUCUAAGUGUUCCAGUUUUGGAGAGGCAACAAUCAGGAGUCUACUGCAGAUUAAAACUUUAGCCAAACCCCUUCGGGAGGAUUUUACAUGGGGUGGAAGGCUAAUGCCGUCAUGAUGUUAAAAUAUCAUUAUUGUAUCAGAACAGAAGGGGGACUUGCUUCUUUAAUUUGCUUUUAACUACAGUCUUUGCAAUCUCUGUUCUCUUUGCAAACAUAAACCCAGAUCAAUGUCGCCGUUGUUGUUUCUGUGUUUCUUAAUGUCCUUCUUUGAGAGAAGCCAGAGGGUGUUAAACCCGUUUACAGGCUGCUCUGGCCUCACAGCAGACUGCACAGAGAGCCAAAGCCUGAUGGAGCAGGAACACAGCCACGGGAAAUGAUCAGAGUUCUAGUAGAUUUAUGUGGCUAUUUCAAGAAAGAGAAGUUAGCUCCUAAUAAACAAAACAGCAAUGCUCCUGGGUUUGAUUCUCAAGUUUUUAGUGUGUUUUUGUGUUUAUUAAACCCUCUUUGUUGCUUGUCAACAGGCCGUAAAGUAGCCGAAUCCAUACCUAGCUUCCUUUCACCUUUGGGGGCAGAGAGCUCAAAAAUGGUGCUACGAGAUGAACAGCUGCUACUGGAGUGCAUCGCUGCUGGACUGUGAGCUCAAACACACGCGCGCACACACACACACACACACACACACACCUUUGAACUUUGGUCUUUUCAGCUGAGCACCUCCUGACGUUAGUAGACAUAAAUUUUUGGCAAAAGAAAAUUCUUUAUUGGGGGAGGACGAAAGCACGGUACAAUCAGAAGGGAACUCUUUAAAAAUGGAUUGUAACAUCAUUUUCUCCACUCUGUCUGCUCUGUUUGAAGGUCCACUUCACAAAGCAAAUAAAGCUAACGAUAGUCAAGCCCCACAGCUCUGCAGCUCUGUGCAGUUUGUUCCAGUUUUGAGUCUGAUUGUGACUGAGAUGAGCUGUCAGCAUCUUCACACUCGUCUGCACAGAGCUGUAGUGUGCACUCUCAUCCUGACUUCUUGAGUCUUGAAUUCCCAUGUAUGAAAACAACAACAACAAUAAUAAUAAUAACAAUAACAAUAAUAAUAAUAAUAAAAAUGAUGAUAAUAAUCAUAAUAAUAAUAAUAAUAAUAAUACAUUUUAUUUAUUGUGCCCUUUAUAUUGGGAAAACCCUCCCCUAGGAAAUAGAAAGUCCACAGAGAGAAUCUAGCUAAAAGCUUGCCCAGAAGAAAAUUGACUAUAAAAAAAACUGACUAUAAAAAUGGGAUGAAAUCACAGAGUAAAAUCAAAGAUCACAGAGGUUAGGAAGCAGCGAACUUAUAACACCAAUGCAUAACUGUCAAGUUUUGGUUUGGAAAAUAAGGGAAAUUUUCUGACACUCCCCCCAGAUCAGUGCAGCAAGCUGAUGACAACUUGCUACUACUUGUUAGUCAUGGUGUUGGUGGGUACCUAACGCACGCUAGUGACAGAGUUAAGCUUGGAAAGGCAGAAAUUUAUUUUUUUUUUUUAAUAUACAUAUUUUAAGAUUCGGGAGAUUUACGGGACAAUACUCAUACGGGUAGACGGCCAGAAAGAAGGCUAAAGUACGAUAGUUUACCGGCCAUAAUGGGAUACUUGACAGCUAUGCCCCAGCGUCCUCUCCCUUCUGCUCUCCCUGAAGAGCUUGAUAGAUGGAGACAUUUACUGACAUUGUUUGAAUUACAGAUAUGGUACAAAAUAAACAGAGUAUAUCCAGCUUUUUUUCUCGCAGCCAGCUGACAACAAGCUUCUUGUUCAGAUUUUUAAAGUUUUGCAGAAGCACGCUGUCAUGUGUAAUGGCACAGCUUGGAUGUCCAGAAGUUGAGCCACAGAUAGGCCCAGGCUGAUAUACCUCAUUAUCAUUAUUUUAAAGACAACCUCGAGCAAUUAUAACACACUUUGGGGCAAAAAUUCAUUACUGUUGUCUUGAUUAAAGUUUGAGCUUGUCAUACCUUAUAAGUACAGCACAAAUACCAACAACUGUUAGCAAACAGUAAAAGUUUAACCGGCUGUUAGGGUUAGUAUCCCUCGGAGUAUCCUCUCUGCAUUUUCAGGUCUGUUUCUUCAAACAAAUGUGUCCGUUUUCAGCCAUCCCUGAAUGUGUAAACUCCCUUUUGGCAAAUGUAAACUAUCUAGUAAUCAAGCUUAUUUUCUCUCUGGUGUCUUUUUUCUCUAUCCUUCCCUUUAGUCCGACUCCCGAGGUCAAGUGGUUUAAGAAGGGUGGAGACCUGCCGGCACAGAAAGUGAAGUUUGAGCAAUUCAAUAAGACUCUGAAGAUAAUCAAUGUGUCCGAGGAGGAUGCAGGGGAGUACGUUUGCAUGGCCACCAAUCAAUUAGGUGGCGUACGCCACUCCAUCUUUGUUCAGGUCAAAGGUGAGGACAUGCCAGUGUGUUUGCUUCAUAAACUGUGUGAGAUGUGGAUGCGGCCAUUUUUAAUUAAAAACCAUUUUGGAGAGAUCAAUAAAUCAAAGGUUGUCAUAUUCCAAAUUAGGCCAUGAUUUUUUAAAUGAACAUUGUCUUCUACUCUAUAAACAAUACAAACCUACUCAGCCUCUACUGCAGUACAUUAAUCGUCUGUGAGACUUUUCGAUCUGCCUCAUUUUAAAAACCUGUGAAGUCUCCCUCACAGGUCCUCUGAAAGACUUCUGAUGUAGUCCACUGUUAAAACAAAAUAAGAUCGUGCUCAUGUGUGAAUCCGUCUUUUAACCUGACUUCCUAUGUUCCAUAGCGGCUCCUUACUGGCUGGACAAGCCAACAAAUCUGGCGCUGGCACCAGAUGAGAAUGGGCGGCUGGUGUGUCGUGCAAAUGGAAACCCCAAACCCAACAUCCAGUGGCUGAUCAACGGCGAGCCUGUAGAGAGUACGUAGAGCGAUUGCAUUAACCUUCAAAUUCUUGUUCUUUCUUUUCUUUUGAUUACUUUCUUUUACAAAAGUUUGAGAGGAGCUGGUUGAGGAAAGUGUUUAGAAAUAUGUACACAUUUAUGGGGACAAGUUUUAAGUGGUGAUGAGUUUAAAUGAGUGCAAAGACUUACAGGAAGUUACAUCAGGCUAUUAGGGCUUGAAUGGCCCUUUUCAAGCUCUGAAAUGAUUGGAAAGGGUAAUUUUUGAUAAGGCAAAACUGGUGGAUUAAAGAGUGCAAAAGAUAUUUUUAGUUUGUUCUCAUGUAUCAGUCAAAGAGCAGCUGUACGCACUCAAGGUUCAGGCGUUUUAACAUGAAAUCAAUCUUUGUACGCUGCAAAACCACAAGCUCUGCAGUAAGGGAAUAUCUUAUUACCCUGUGAUUUUUAUCUGGAGAGAUUUUUAGAUUAAUGAUUGAUUUUCACAAAUCAAAGAUAUGCUGUAUGUCAAGUUUUUCCAGGUUAUAGGGAUUGCUCAGUGCGACUCAGUAGCACACGAGUCCCUGUUUGAUUUGGAUGUGAAUUACAGACAGUUAAGACAAAAGCAAACCUGCGGCAGGAUUAUAAUGAGCUGAUUGUCUAGAUUUCAGUGAACAAAGACCAUGGCUAGGAUCAGUUUUGAUAUAUUUACUGGAAAGAAGUAGACAUUAAAAUGCACAUUUUUAACUGUAACCACUCAGAACCAAUCCAAUUUUAAUAUAGCCUUCUUUUUAGAGCUUGAAUAUUGUAAAAAGAAAAAAGAAAAGGUAUUCUUCAACGCUCUUUCUUCCCUCUUGGCUCCAGCUGCUUUUCCUAACCCAAGCAGACAGGUGCUGGGCGACACCAUCAUCUUCCGCUCAGUUCAGAUGGGCAGCAGUGCCGUCUACCAGUGCAAUGCCUCCAACCAGCACGGUUACCUGCUGGCCAACGCCUUGGUCAGCGUCAUUGGUGAGUCAGGAAUAUUAAAAAGUUAAUAUUGACGGCUUAUAUCUUGUUCGUACCGGUGUUUCAGGUUUGUAGAUCCUUUUCUAAAAAAGUUUUAUUGUGAAGCAUUAGGUCUGAAAUGAUUUGUGGGAAAAAGAUGCAUCCUGGGAAAGAUUUUUUUCUGGGGAAAGUCCCACCUCCUUCGCCUCUGAUUGGCUAGAAAAGCUGGAAACGUCAUCACACGCUCCGAGAUAAGCACGUGAAACUAUGGUAACAACCGUUAGCUUUCGUUAGCACAGAUAAAAGUUAAAACAAAGAUGUUUAGCAAACUGUUAAAGCACACAAACCAUCGUCAUAUGAGAAAUCCGACGCUAUGACUCUCCACAAGCUGUCGUUCAGAUCGUUAUCUUUGUAAUGUUUGUGUCUUUUAUCAAAAAGCACUCUGUUCUUCGACACGUAAACAAUUAGCCGGUCGGCCAUGUUGAAUAUACCGUUGAACAACAACAACAUGCAAUCUGAUUGGUCAGAAGUGGACACACAGAAUGCGAAACUUUAGAAAAAUCGACCGUGAUCCGACGUCGCUGAUGUGAACGCUUGUAUUGACAGGAUACGGGUUCGAAAAAAAAUAUUGACCUCUGAAAUAAUAGCGCGACAAAAACGGUCCCGGUGUGAAAGGACCUUUAGUCUUUAUAUAACAUUUUACAAAUCUAAUACACUGACAUUAAGAUGCUGGCUGAAAGUAGUGACAGUGUUACCUACUCUCUCUUCUCCGUGUAGACAUGCCUCCAAGGAUGCUGGGCCCUAAAAACCAGCUGAUCAGGGUCAUCGAGAACAACCGCACUUUCCUGGACUGUCCCUUCUUUGGUUCUCCUCAUCCUGCCCUACGCUGGUGAGCCUCCAAUAUCCUUAAUGUUUCUUUAAAAAAUAGUUAAACUCUUGAAACCCUGUUGGAGAUUUACAAACUUCAGCAUGAAUCAUUAAAUGUAUAGAUUUAUAUUUGUAUUUGUGUGUGUGCAGGUUUAAGAAUGGACAGGGCAGCGGUCUGGAUGGGGGUCAGUACCGGGCUUACCUGAACGGCAGUCUGGAGAUCAAACGGGCCCGGGUAGAGGAUGAAGGAACCUACACCUGUGUGGCCAACAGCAUUCUGGGCAAGGCUGAGAACCAGGUCCGCCUGGAGGUCAAAGGUCAGACAUUAUAUAACAGCUGCACUCAGACUUUAAUGAGACUUACUGCCAUGACUCAGCAUUCAUGUUCACAAUGAAUCUUAAGUACUCAUCUUAUCGACAGCAUGUCAGCUUCUUAAAUCAGUCUGAAUGUGCAGCGUUUACGGAUUCCUGAAAAAUGAAAUGUGUGAAUUACAAAAUGAUCUUCUCCCCUCGUGCCAAACAGUCUGCUCCUGUGGAUUACUCUCACAUCUGUUGUGCCUUUAAUUCAACUGGCCUUUAUUCUAAUACCAGUGACAUCUACACUCCAGCUGUUUACUCCAUUAACGUGUCCUCCCUAGCUUUCAGAGCUGUAUCAGUUCAGAUGCACUAACUCCCUUAUUUCCUUGGAUGCAUUUUCACACAAACUUAGAGGCGACUCGUAUCAUUCGAGCCCCGGAGCAUCAGUCCGUUGUCAGGGGCGCCGCGGCUCGCUUUGACUGUAAGGUGAACUCUGACCCCAGCCUGUCCGUCACUGUGACCUGGAUGAAGGAUGACAAACCUUUCCACCUUGGAUGGAGGUAACAACAGUGUCCAGGAUAACUGCGCUGACAGACUCUCGAUUUGCUCUGACUUUUAUUUAAAGUUCUUCUUUUGAUAUUGAACUACAAAGAUAAGUCUUAGACAUUAUUUACACAGUUUGCAGUCUGCAAUUUUGAGACCCGGUAUUAAGUAGCCGUAAUUUCCAAACCUAAUGUUUAUUGAUUUGUUUUUUAUUUAUUUAUUUUGGGGCUUUUUUAGUCCCUUACUGACAUACAGAGAACGGUUCAUAGAUCAGCCAAUCAUUCCUUCUUUUGUGUCCCAGGAUGAGGAAAGACGAGGAGUCACUGACCAUCUCCAAUGUGAACGAGGGGGAUGAGGGGAUGUACACCUGCUCUGCUAAAUCUGAAAUAGAUGAGGACACAUCCUCGGCCCGUCUCACUGUGUUAGGUACACCCGCAUACAUACAUACAGAGCAGGGACUUGGAAUUAUCUAUUGUAGCAUUAGCUUGUUUGUUACGCCAAAUAUUUCCUUUAAAAGAGAUUAGAGAACACUCAAGAAAAACAGGCAUCACUUAUGUUGUUUCUCUCUCAACACAGACACACACACACACACACACACACACACACACACACACACACACACACACACACACACACACACACACACUAACGUCCUCAGUUUUGUCUUGACUUAAUGUUGUUUUUUCAGCUCUGUGCCUUCACAUGGAAAUCAUUUGUUUUAUUUGUGUUUCUGUCGUUACUGUUUACUUAAAUACUUACCUAGCUUAGCUUUAACACUCUCCUGUUGAUUUUGCAUGCAGUGUAUGAGAAUAGUGAAGUCCUGCGUAUAAAUGGUUGUAAAAAUGCAAGGUGUAGAGUCAGUUUUAGCAUCAUGUGUGACCAUGACUCUGACAUCUUAGACUUUUGCAUUCAUGGUUGUGAAUCACAGAGGUUAACCCCUCUUCCUUAGUCAAAAAGUUAGUUAGUUGCUCAGAUCAGUUGUGUGACUCCUCUCGCCAAGUGACAGCUGGGACUGGCUCCAGCCUCCCUGAUUCUGAAACAGAUAAUCAGUUCAGGUGAAAGAUGAAUGGAUGGAUGGAUGGAUGGAUAAGACAUCCAUCAGUGCAAAAGUCUCAAAUGUAGAUAUGAUAAACACAUGAUGAUCUCAAACUAGAACUUAGUGAAGCUCACAUUAAUCACAUUAAUCACAUUUGAACCAAAUUAUUUGUUGUUGUGCUUCCUAGUUGUUGAUUGGUUGCUAGACUAACCUGUUACCUCUAACCUUUAUACCCACUUCCUGGCCCCUUGACCCUGCCUCACAGAGGAAGCCUCCCUCAACCCCUCAGUCUCUAGUGCCUUGCCUCCAGGUAACACACGGCUCACGUGGAAAUCAGUUUUUCCUUUCCUUUGUUGUUUUUCAGUUUUUUUAUUAUUAUUAUUAUUAUUUUUUGUCUUCUCAAAUUUCACCUUUUUUCUUAUAUGUUUCAUAUUUAUGUCAUAAUACUGUUAAUGUUUUUUGUUUUUUUUGCUGUUUUAUUUUGUGCCAAAGAUUAUCUUUGCAUCCAUGCUUGUCUGACAUACUGUAUAAUGAAGUUUUUUACCACGGAAUGAAUUUGUGUACGCAUGCACCAAAAUCUAUUCUGUUUGGUUGUUUAAUCUCUUAUUUAGUCUUAAACGGUUUGUUCAGGUUGUUCAGAUUAGGUUUUAAGAUAAAUGGAAGUUAGAUUUUUUAGCGCCCUGUCAGUUUGUAACAGCGCGUUAAGUGCAUUAUUAUUUGUUGAUCGUUUUAGAGGAUCAUUUCCCUCUAUUUCUUAAUAUUCUCUUCUUUUUUAUUCAUUUACAAUUUCCUGAUCAGUUAAGGAAGAUUCAAAGUUCACCUGUCUUUUAAAACACUUUAAAUCUAAAAGUGUUUAAGCUGUUUUAAUUUAGUAAUCUUCCAUAUCCAUCAGAUGAGACUGAAGCACUGAUAAAUAGAAUCGAUAACUGCACAGUGAGAGUGUCUGCAGCAUGCAGCAUGCUUGUUCCUGUGUACUUUAUUUCUUUGUAAAGUAGUCAGUAGUAUGUUGAGGUUUGUUCCUGUUUGUCUGCAGACCGUCCAGAUCCUCCCUUUGAACUGGAUCUGUCCGACCCAGCAGCACGCAGCGUUCGACUCACUUGGAUCCCUGGGAAUGACCAUAGGAGCCCAGUCAUACGUGAGUAUACAUGCACUUGCACACUAGUUGGACCGUCCCUGCAGUCUCACAGAAAAAGAAAAUGUUUGAAUUGGAUCAUUAACUAUGAAAAUUCAAAAUAUAAGUUCCACCUGGGGAAAAAAGGAGUUUAAACUGUCUCCCUUCGCAAGGUUCAGUGACUAAUGCAAUCAGCUUUAUGAUAAUAUGAGAUCAUUACUGUGUGCAUAGCAGAGAAGUGGUGCUGUUAGACUAAUCUGAGUUCUUUUACAGUAAAACAGCAUAUAUCCUCUUAAAUUUGAUGAACAUUUUGCUUGAUAUAAAAGACACAGUGUCUGUUUUGGGGGGGCUCCAAGAGGGAAAAGUAUUUUAUCCGUUCCUUUGUGAAGACCUUCAUUUUGUUCAUAAAUGUGUACUUCGAGUGCAGAUGUGUAGCUCAUUGUAGUAUCAUUUUUUUAGCACAUUUAAAUCAAACAUUCAUGAGACAUUGUUCCCCUGCUUAUAAUGCUUCACAUCAAUUGCUACAAGUUGCUAUGACUACUCAUAAUCAUUCAUAAGGAUUGUUUGAAAUUCUUAUAAAUGCAUUUAUAAGGCGUCUCAAAUGCACUUAUAAUGAAUCGUAGGUGAUGGGUGUAUGUAAGUGUUACUCAGUAUGUAUUCAUCUAUCUAGGAUGAAAAGUUGCUCCACUGGUCUGGGCCACCUUGUUAUAUACCCAGCAUUCUUUGCACAGUGAAGCAUUUGCUUAUUGCUUGAAGUACCAUCUUUUUGAGAAAAAACUGUAACUCAAUAAAAUAAAAUCUCUUGCAUUUUCAUGGAAGAACACAGGGGCUGGGCGAUAUGGCCUCAAAUCAUUAUCACGAUAUAUUGAGCAGUUCACCUCGAUAAAUGCUGCUCACCCCCUCCCACAUUAACUUUGUCUACUUCAGCCGCCCCUCUAGCUUCUACAACUUUUGAACCGUCCUCCAUCUCCUCACCUGUCUUUCCCCCUUUGUUACAGACUGGAUGGGAUGGAGUCUAACAUAGGACAUGAGUCCAUAGCCUACGACCAUAACCAACUUUUAUUUAUUUAUUUAUUUGACACCAAACAUACGUUUAUGGACAAAAUGACAUCGGGUGUAAAUCAAGGUUGUCAUCUCCUCGCAUAGCAGCCAAAUGAAUCAUGCAGGAGAAAUAAGAGAGUAAAUGCAAACUAAAAAGGUUAAGAGUUUGUCUUUGGUCCUCAUGCUCAGGCAGGCUGAAAUAUCUGAAGUAAUAGUGCUGCAUUUAUAAUCCAUCAGAGGAAUAGGAUUAGGGGGUCUAUAACUCAUUAAGAAAUAAUUAUAAUGUGUAUUUUUAGAAAGGCUUGUAAAAUUAAUUCUGCAGAGUCAUUAAGAGGUGGAGACGAGGGACUAAAUAGAAGUAUAACAGAAGCAGGCAGAGCUGACCUGAAACCUAAAGCCUGCUGAACACAUCACCCUUCCAGUGAUUCAACAAAAAAGAAUUUGUGUUUUUUUUUUGUAAAGCCUAGUUGUGUUUGUUCCUGCAGAGUUCCUGGUCCAGUUUGAGGAGGACCACUGGGACCCAGGCAGGUGGCAGAACUUGUCAUCUUAUCCUGGAGACCUCAACUCAGUCAUCCUGCAGCUCUCCCCAUUUGUCAACUAUCAGUUCAGGGUCAUCGCCAUCAACUCUGUGGGUCAGAGUGAGCCCAGCCGCCCCUCGCCUCGAUAUCAGACCAGCGUAGCAGGUGAGGAGCACACACACACACACACAAACACAAACACGACCACACACUCUAAAAUCAUACAGUGUGUAACUGAAAACAACAAAGAGAAACACUUAGUCAGCGUUGUAAAAAUAGCUCAGGUGUUUUUGAAGUGGUUCGUGAUUAAUUUUGGAAUAAAACUGCAGCAGUGUUUCUCAAUCUGGACUUUGUUGUUGUGGAUUUUAUUUGAUGUAAGUGUUUUUGGUGUUGUGUUAAAAAAAUAGCCCCAGAUGCCAUUCCCAGAGGCCUUCGAGGGUGGGGCUCCAAGAAGGACAACAUGGAGAUUACUUGGGAGGUGAGACACGUGCAACAUACAAUUUUUUAAUGUAAAAUGCAGUGGCUAUUACUUCUGUUACAAUGUGACGAAUUCAUUUAGCAGAUGUUUUUAUCCAAAGCGACACAAGCAAAUAUGUAGACAACAGGAAACAGAUCAGUUAGAGCCACAAAUGAUGAUAUACUAAUCAUCAUUUAUAAGCAAAACUAUAUUAGUAUUAUAGGAAAGAUAACCAUGUAAACUGUCAUGACAUAAUAUUUUGCCUUUCUUUUUGUUUUGUUUUUUCUGAGCAAGAGAAAAUAUCAGAAGGCUACACCUCUAAUGGUGAAACUGUGGGCAUGAUCUGUAUAUCGUAAUAAAUAUGCAGAAAUGAAAACAGAGCGCCACCCUUUGAUUAUCAUUUUUUACUUUUUUUUACAGUUCAUAAUAGUAUAAAAACAAGAAAGAUUGCAAUAAGAAAUCCACAUGUUGAUAUGGGACCUCCACUCUGAUAUACCACCCUGAACAUUUAUAGUGGUAUAUCAUAUAGUAUGCUAUAGUUUGUCCACAGUGGGAGGGAAAGACAACACAAGCUCCCUCUGGCUGUUUUGAGUCUAAUUAAUUCCUCAAUUUUUCUUCAUUAUUUUCUACAGCUGUAAAAAAUUCUUAUUUCUGUUUUAUUUUUAGCCUCUGCUCGACCUAGAGAGGAAUGGCCCAAACCUGCACUACAUGGUGUGGUGGAGAAGGAAGGAUUCAGGGGAGGAGUGGAAUAACGUGACCACUGUGGAGUCCAAAUAUGUCGUUGAAAACACAGAAACCUAUGUGCCUUAUGAGAUCAAAAUUCAGAGCAGGAAUGAGUUCGGACCAGGGCCCGAGUCUAACAUUGUCAUUGGUUACUCUGGAGAGGACAGUGAGUAGAUGCAGACAACAAAUCAGUCUCUGAAUGAAAUUGUUGAGUACAUUUGUUUGGUACGAAUUGUUGUUUUUUUACAUUUUUAAACCAGUUCAGUUAUUCACAUGUAUGUCUUUUUUUACUGUGUUUAGAGCCCACAGAUGCUCCAACUGAGCUGCGCGUUUCAAAAGUGGACAGCACCAAAGUGACCGUCCACUGGAAGUCUGUGGACGUGAACUCAGUCCUGGGAGAGUUCAAAGAGUACAGAGUAAGACUGGCUCUAAUAAAAACUGUCUGCAGAGUUGGUCUAAAAAUAGAUCAGAGUUUUGAGAUACUGACAGAUGAUUUUCUGUCUCAUCUCUGUUUUUCUUUAACUCCCCUUCCCUACUCUCCCAGCUGUAUUACUGGCGUGAGUCCAGUCUGGUUCCUGGUCUGGUGGUCAGUAAGGAGAAGAAGACCAAAGGUUUUUACAGCACUGUAGAGGAGCCAUCCAGCAUCCUCGGCGACCUGGUGCCCUUCUCUCAGUACAAGAUGUUCAUGGUCGUGGCCAACAGCCGAUUUGAGGGUCCACCCAGCAACACGGUGGAGUUCACCACCAAGGAGGGAGGUGAGGAGGCAGCCUUGCAGAUUAAUGGUUCAGAUGUAGAACCUGUCUAAAGGGUGGAGGGCAUGCACAUAGUCUGAGAUGGCAGGAUAAUACAGAAAACCUGCAAAAUCUUGUUAUAGUAGGUUGUUUUUGGACCUUAAAGUCUUGCAACAUACAAAGUGUUGAAAGCACAGUCAAAGAAUCAUUUUUUGGUGCCAUUAGAGGAGAUGUCCUACAUGGAGCUUGAGAGCAUCUAGGGGCCAUUUGUGGUACUGCAGCAGAACAAGCCUUAAGGCAAAAUCAACACUGAUGUCUCUCUCUGCUUCUCCGUUACAUUUUCUUUUCUUUUAAAUUUGUCUUUUCGCAGUGCCGGAUGCCCCAAAGUUCUUCAGAAUUAACCGCAGAGGCUUUGACACCAUCCAGCUGGAGUGGGACAAACCCCUCGAGCCCAACGGCAUCCUGAUUGGAUACCAGCUGAGGUACCAAACAGGUGAGCUGCUCCGACUUGUCAAACCCUUGAACCCCGAUAAUUAAACACAGUCAGGAUAUAUAUACAUAGUGUCAAAUUUUCACUUUAUUUAGUGAGAAGCAUUUGUGUAUAUUCUGUGUGUUUAAAGUUUGUGCUUCUGUGCCAGAACUAGUGGUUUUCAGAGGUGAAGGUCAAUUAGAAUCUGAUCUCUGGGGAAUGCCUUAAGGGAAAAUCCCACAAUGUACCAGAAAUUGUCACCCAAACUCAAGAUGGGACUAAUUUUGAAAUGUCAGGUUCAAAGGCCACUGUGACCCCUGUGCAAACUUCUAUUACUUAUUCAUGCACAAUUUUGAGCCUAACUUUAUAUGAAGUUUUUCACAGAUAAGAAGUCACAAAGUGCUUCACAUGGACAGAAAGUAAAAUUUGAAAAUAAACAGUGAGGUGGUCACAAGAGCCACAGAUAUAAGGAUGUAAUAGUUUCAAACACAAUAAACAAUAACCUUCACUGUGACAAAAACCUGGAGAAAAGUCGUGUCAACCAUUUUAAUCCCCCAACACAAACGUCAUUAUGCCUGUUGACAUCAGACACUGUUUUGUACUCAGACUGAACUCUGGUUGGUCUGUGGUUGAAGUUUGGCUACUAAACGCUCAUCAUUCAGAGAUUUUCUAAAAUCACUAACCUGUCUCUUUUGUGUGACUCUCUUUUCAAUAGUCAAUGGUUCCAGGGCGGGUCGUCCACAGUUGGAGACGUUUUUGCCUAACGUGACAACAUUCACCCUUCGCCUGCCAGACCGAUCAACCCGCUACAGGUUCUACCUUUCGGCGCUCACACAGGUGGGAUCAGGGGAGUUCUUUGCAGAGGAGUCUCCACACUUCGCCAAUGAAGGUGAGUGUUUCUACAUCUGGACGUCCGUUUGCCCGAAAGUUUCACAUUCCUUUCUUUCAAAUCAUUUUUAAUUUUUUUUUGUUUUAAAUGAAAAAUUGCAUCUAAUUGACACUGAAUCAGCAAAAGGAAACACUGUAAACUCAUUGUCACUGACUCAACUGAGCUUCCAGCCAACAUAGAACAAUAAUAGAGGUGGAUCUGAGGUCGGCUUUUAGCUCAGGGCCAACAGGUAAAAUGUCCCCCUGUCAGCCACUGUGACACAUCCUGUCCUUGACUUACAGCCAGGUUGGUUUGAUUUGUCUACAGUGAGCCUGUUUGGUUUUUGUGAAUUACUGUGAGGACCUGAGAUAGUUACUGUUUUAUCAAAUCACUCAUCAAAAGCCUGAAAUUACGUGGUGGCCACAUGAUCCCAAACUGGACUGGCUCUUUAAAUUAGAUGUAUUUCAAAUUGCUAGUUUUAUCUCAAAGGCCUCGUAAAGAGGACAAAAUGAUGUCUUUAAUUAAUUACUGUUUGUGCGUCAGUGUGUACUCUUUUUCAUUUUCUUCUUUUGUUUUAUAAGAUUGUCCUGUUUUGCGCUCUGACCCUGGAUUUUAUGAGCUCACGGUGUGAUGUAAGCCCAUGUGGGCUGGGCAUAGAAAUAUGUGUUUGGUACAGCAGUAGAAUAAAAACGUCAAACUGUAUGAAAAACAGAUGCACAUUCAAAGUAAGGGAGGAUUAAGUCCUCAAAGAACAACAGGCCUCUUUUUCAGUAGUUGGAUGAAGAAAUGAAUGAUCUGACAGAUGGUAUUAAAGGGCUAUCAACACAAAAUCCAAACCUAUUGUGGUGUCUAGUCGUGAAGACAGCAUGUUGUUUAUAUUUAGGUUUACUACUUAUAUUUAUCUUAGGUUUUCAAACGGUAUGUGAUUUAUGUUAUCCUUCAAAGUCGCUCAAUAAUUCAUCAUUGGGGCUUGAGGAGCAGAACUAAAGACCUGGACAGAGGCAGGUAUCUCAUUAAUUGGGCAGAUUACACUCUUCAGUAUCUCAGUUAAAACAUGUGAAUGUCUCUUAUCCAACCUGUCAGCUGCUUGUGUUGUUGUUGUCCUUCUUAUACCUCUUCCCCCUCUCUCCUGUCUCUCUUUCUUUCUUUCUUUUGUCGGCAGAAAACUUUACUGACACUACAGGGCUAGGUAAUGGGGAAUGAGAAGCGCAGUUUGUCUGCCUGUCGCCUUUAUUCACCACCAUCCUCCAUGUCUGUCUCUUUAACUGUCCAUCUUUGGCAGCAGUGCAGUCCACCUUUGUUAAUAUCGUAUUUUACAUGACCUCUGAUCCAAAUUAGCCGUUGAAAGUAUGAAAAUCUAAGAAAACCCUCCUGAAAAAGCUCUCGGAUGGAUCAGAAACUCAUUUUCUGUGUUGGUGAAGGAGUUGGUGAAAAACAGCAUUUGGUGUGAAGUGAGUCAGGUUGUUUGAUUCAGACUACAGCUGUGAAUCUAAAUUUUCAGCUACACUCUAUGGUUUACAUCUUUACACAUAAAUCUGGUGAUGGAUUCUGUGAUAGCUUCCAGUCCUCCGUGAGUCUUAAGUAGGUGACCAUACAUCCUCUUUUACCCGUACAUGUCCUCUUUUUGGAGGGAGGGCUGUCUGGCCUUUGCCGGGGGAGUUUAUAAAAUCCUUCAAAUGGCCGGGGUUUUGUGUUUAUAUUGCAUGGACUCACUGAGUCAGAAGCGCGUAAAAAAUGCUCAACCCAACACGCGUGGCUCCAUGACUCCACCCCGCAUAGUCAAGAGGGUCCUCUUUUUGGGGAUUCAGAAUGUGGUCACCCUAGUCUUAAGCAAAGAUUUUGAUGCUGUGGUGGUUGAUGGUAGGAACAUGCCACCUUGAUAUAUGAGUGGAAAGGUUGGUUAUGUUGUCUGUGCAUUAAACUUCACCUCUGCAUACUCUGCAAACAGCUAUUGAUUUAUAAAGGAAGCCUCCGUUUCACUUCAAACUGGAGGAUUUAUUAAUUUCUCCUUUGUCUUGACUUGUAUGGUUUAGUUUUCUCCCUACAAACUGAUCUGCCUGGGUUUUUAUUGUUGGACUGAACUGCUGUCUGCACUGUUUUUUUUUCUGUCUUCUUUUCUCAUCAUUGCAUCUGCCUGUCUGUCUCUUUUGACCCUUCCACCUUCCCUCCGUAUAUGAAGCUGUCCUCUGUCUGCAGCUUCAUGCUGUCAGGGAUUGAAGAUGCUCAUUCAACAUGUUCAGACCUUUAUCAUCUCUUUAUGAUUCUUAAACAUAGUAAAUCAAAUGUUACAUGAAACUAAAAUCAGUUACCUUGCAGAUUGUUAAUCUUUAGUGUUAUAUUCUUCCAUACAAUCCCUCUUUGCUGUUCGCAUGUUGACCUUUGACCUCUGAUUUCCAAAGCAAUCCCUGAUGGUGCACUUUUUUUAUCGGGCUACCUCACAGCAUCACUGCUUUGUCCUGUCUGCUACAAACAUCUGAGCAACUUCUGUCUCUCAUUCAUUCACAACGAGUACAACGUCAUGAUGCUGCUGCUGCUGUUUCGGGUGUGUGUGUGUGUGAUGAGAGGAAAACACGUCCAUGCAUCAGAAUGUGGAGACGAGAAACAUUUUGAUGAAUGCUGCAGUGUGAUUUGGAUGAUGGAUUUGCGAUUGGUUAGCACACUCACACUGGCUUGAUCGUCUUGCUUCUGAGCUGUAAUGUCACUCUGUCAUCUUCGUCCAUCGCUCCUGUUCACCCAGCCACUUGUGCACAUAGUGCUGGGUAGCACAGGUAAGGUGAUUCGAAGCUUUGGGCCGACCUAGCCUGCCUCACCGGGCUGAAACUGCUCCUAAACAUGCCGAUGUUUCUAUCAUCUGUCUGACUUUUUGUUCCUCCCACACGAUGGUUUUUGAGGGCAUGCUUGGCAUCGAGCCUGCUGAUACAAGCAUGCUGGCAGAAGGGUCUGGUUGUUGAGGGGUUGGAUUGUAGCACAAGGGGAGAUGUUUCAUGUGCAUGGGGGGUUUCAGCCGGGGGGACCCUGUCACUGGCUGGAGAUGACCUGAACUUCAAGGUACAGUAAGAAUGAAGCUUUAAAAGAGGAAAGGAUGUUCUGCUUUCAGCCUAAGUGGGGGAUAACCCUCACAAGGGGGCGCUAUUGUGUCACAGAUCAAGUUCUCUUUCAAUCGGAUUUGUAAAGGCGGUAAAAUCCUAAAGUUUGCUUUAGAUACUGUUCCCACAAACCCAUCAGUACCUGCUUUUAGGUGAAUCUGCAUCAUUAUCUAACAAAACUAAAAACAAAUUCAUUGCACUAAAACUACAAGCAGACAUCCAGGAAGUAAAAUAUCAGUUUAAAUUACUAAAGACUACUUUCAAUCAAUUCUUGAGCAGAAACGGAAACUGUCAGAGCUUCUUGUACCUCCAUCUACGCCACCAUAUUUCCAAUCUUAAGGAAAAUUUCAUCAGAUCUACAGGCUGGAGGUCUCAAUUUGACCUUCUGGUGUCAGCGAGUUGUUGGUCGAUCCGUCUGAGAUCACUGGAGAAACUGAACUGAACAUUUUGAUUGUUUUUCUUCUGACGGUGUGAAUAAAGUUGUUGAUGUUGACGGUGCUAAGAACUGCUGCUUUAUGAGUAACUCAUUGUGUGUGACACAGCUCGGAUCAUCCACCUCAUCUGGUGUGUGUCAGUGAUGUUUCUCCCUCCGUGUUGUUAACCCUUUGCUCUCUCCCGCCUCCUCCCAUUGUAGUCGAGCUUACCGACGCCUCCUUGGGUUCAGAGUUCACCCCUACUCCUCCUCCUCCUACUCCCGCUCCACAUCCUCCUACUACCAUCGCUCCUACAACCAUUAGCACUUCAACUUCUACAACUACGACUACGACUACUCCUUCCACCACGACCACCACCAGUACUACUACUACAACCGAGGCGACCACGACCACCGCACCUCCUGUGCUGGUCACCACCAAGCGUACAGAUCAGAAUGUGUUGGGUACAUGCUGUUGUCCCGUUUUGGUUUCCUCUGUCUUUCUUACGAUGUAGCCAACCAACGAUGGUACUUCUUUCAUAUUCAAGUACUUCUCCCACCUGACGAAACAGGAAACUACAUCAGGGCUGCAUUCCAAUAAGCUGUGCUGUACCUGCUGUACCAAAAGCAGGGAUUUACUUCAGAAUAUUGGGAUGUAGCCAGAAAACAACCUCCUGGUCAGGAAGUGAGAGCCCAAAUAUUUUAUUUAUUGAUAAAGAUGUUUGUUUCUUCAGAGUUCUCUAAAAGAGCAGCCUUCAACACUUAGGAAUGAUGAUAUAAGUAGGCCAUUUUUGUGAUUUAAGUCAUCAUUUUCUCAGUUUUUAUGUUUAUACAGCUUUAAUAUCCUCUCUAAAUCAGAAGUAGACAUUUCUACCAAGUGUUUUAUAAAUCAGAAAGACUUUCAGACUCUCCUCUGAUCGGAUUUCUUGUUGAUCAACAUUUCAAAUGUACUUUUGAUUUUGAACUGACCUUGACCGGGAUCACUCCCUUAGCCAUCCAUAGAGCCAGCGCCAUGUUUAGGUCUAAGUGGAGCCCCAUGUGAGGUUGUUGUAACUGUGCCCUCUCUGCCCCUUGCCCCCUGACCUUUAACCCUUUUACCCCUGACCCCUCACCCCCUUGUGUAGUGGCCCCUGGGCGGGACAUCUGGAAUCUGACGGUGCAGCCUAACAGUGACUACGCUAACGUCAGCUGGAGACACAACUUCCCGGCCGGCAGCAGCGAGUUUGUGCUAGAGCUUACACUGGACAGUAAGAGACCAGACCAAGUCCAGCUUGACCUAAAGCUAUGUCUGAACCUAAAAAAAAAGCCAUAUCUGAGCCUGAAACGACCACAGAGUGCACAGAGACAGAUACAAAAGGCCAUCAGUCCAGAGAGUGACCAACACACCUGUAUAAAAAAAGUCUAAAAUUACAGUAUCAGGAAAAGGAAAAUCUAUUCAGAGAUAUCUCCAGCUGUGUCUUGAAUUCAGAGGUUAACAGCUUUAAAUUUUUCAUGGUAACAUUACACUUUCUUUAUCUUUUAAAAUCACUAUAAGCCAAAUGAUUUAAGCAGAUUAUUUUGUUGCAACAAAGAGAGAGUCAACGAAAGCUCUGGAGCUCUACACUGGGUUGGAUCAGCUGUGCCUAAGUUCAAAUGUAGUUUGGUUUGAGAGUAAUUUAUGAUUUAGGAUGACGUUAACACUCCUCUGAUGUUUUUGGUUAAGCCAGUUAGGCCUGAGUUGGUUUUAAAGUCCUCCUUAAAUACUGGUUGUCUUAGCGCAUGAUUUUUAAAAAUGGGAUAACAAGGAAGAGGACGAGGAGAAGAGAGUUUAACCUGCUGUUUUAUGAAGGCCGUAUUAAAUAUAUCAUAGUUGGUGCACCACUCGAUGAUAAUUAACACCUUAUCAUCAUGCUUUGUCAUAUUUCACAGCCCUUUCCACUACUUUUAGUCAAGCGAUGAGAGUAAAGUAGAGAUAAUUUCAGCUGUUCGCCUGUUUAGAGGCAGUCCUGCAUAAAGGUCCUUACUGUAGACUGUAUAUACUAUAGACAACUUGGUUCCGCCUACCGCCUGUAUACGGAUUUGAAGCCAAAAAGCUCGCGGUAUUUCCGGGCGAAGUGAAAAAGCGAGACGAAAUGCGAAAAUAUUCGCCGGUCCGAAAAACACUUUCGCUUAUACACACCGGGCGACCACUCUGUGGUACACACUCUCUUCCAUCGUUGCUCUUGGUGCCAGUGGUGGUGUGUGUCGUGUGAACUGCAGCCGUAUGGAUCUGUGACGUCGUCAACAACAUGACUUUUGAUUGGCCAGAGGUCUAGCAGGUCCAGAUAUUCGCCUGCGAAUCUCCGAAAAAUUCGACACAAGAGCAAGAAAAAAUAAAAGACGCUUUUCGCCCCGCGGAAAAUCGCCGCCGGUGUGGAAGCUUGCAUUGACUUUAUGCUGUUUUAAAAAAAAGGCGAAUAAGGUGAAUAAUUCGCCUGGCGAAUUCGCGCCUGAUGUGUAAGGACCUUAGGAGUUAGCACAAGAAGAAAAACUUCUCUGAUUGGCAACUGGAAGGGUAAACAUCAGUUGUCUUCUUGAGUUGUCCUCAUGGUACAACCAAACAAGGGUAAGACUUGUGUCACCACUGAACUAGUUUUCAAAUAUGGUUUAGUGUGGACUUCACAGUGUAACUCAAGACACAACUUAAACACAGCUGGUGCAACACGUCCCUGGAGCUCAUUCAAAGAGCAGUUUAGUGUCUUUCAGCUCAGGUUUUUGGUCAGACACUGUUUUGAUCAGUCCAGCAGCUUCGUGAAUGUUAAAGAACAACCUGGUUAAGGAAACUUUAAAAAACGUGCAUAAUGCUGCAAUUUUCUAAACUCUGACAACAACAUUUUUUUAAUUAGAAACUUUAGACCAGAGGUGUUCAGCGUUCAGAGUCAUUAGGCAUGAUUGGAUUUGAACUAAACAAAAUCUCACUUUUAAGAACACUGCACCACCAUGUUAGCAUGCAUUGAUUCGAGGACAACCAAUUCUGAGUCCUGUCCUGUAUAUUUGGACAAGCGAUGGUCAUGCUUUUCUUAAUCUUUAUCUUGUAAAACAUGCCCAAACUUGGAGGAUACAACUCUUUCAACAGUUGGUUAAUUUAGUGAUUUGGUUUAUCUGUAAAUGAGUGGCUGUUACUCUUAAAUCUGAUCUACUCUGAUUCUGUUAAAAUAGUGCUUUCCCAAAAGUUCUAAUGAAGUGUGUCCUUGCUCACUAAAUGUCAUAACUACCUUAUCGAGCACUUCUUAGGGAACCACCUAGAAAAAAGAAAAGGUUAGAGAGUAACGCAGAAAUGGCACAAGUGAAAUCAAAACUAAGAGUACUUUAGAUUGAAAACGAAGCCAAACAGAAACAGAUUGUUGGUGUUACGAUUUCAAAUGAAACUUGAAACAUACCGUACCUUUUACCAGAGGUGACCUCCGACUGCAGCUGGAGCUGGUAUUCUUGCUUUUGUUUUUUUUUUAAUCACUCCUUUGAUUUAAUGAUGUGAUGAUACUGUAUUUAUAGGCUGACAACAUACCACAGUUUGUGUGUCUGUCUUCCUCUCUCGAAGUCUUACUGUCUCUCUUUUGUCCCUACAUGUUGGAAAUGCUGAUCGUCACCAUGUCACUAAUAACCUCUUGUUCAGCGCACCAUCUCAAUGGUUUCUUUUCCACAUGCUGCUUGGCUUUGAAUGGCUCUGAUUAGACGAGCACUGUGAACGGGCUGUUUGGGCUUGCUGUUUCACGUUUUUCAACCAUCCACGCCUCCAUAACCUCUCGCUUUUGCUUUGGGUCGACCACUCUUGCAGCCUGUUUCUACAAAACACAUCUUCCCUCCUUUUCUGGGAUUCAGAGCUGGUUGAGAUUGGUCAGUCUGGUGUUUGGAGUUUCUCUGUUGUUGCUCUCUACCAAUUCAACAGUCUGUGAUCUUAAAUGAAGGAUGGAAAAAAAGGAGGGUGUAUUUUCUUUGUAUUUGGGACCUGGCUUUAACUCAAAAUGAUGUGUGAAUGUAAAAGCAAGAGAGGACAGGAUGACAGGAGGAUGAUGAAACUGAUCAACCACACCUCUUCAGCUCUUUCCCCUUUUCUCUGAGGUUAAGCUUGACUCUGAAGAAAGAGUGGCAUUGAGCCUCUGACUCUCAUCCACCUUAGUUCAUCAUCCCUUCAUCCUCUCUGUCACUGCCUUUGACUUAGAGUUUCUGCAUGUCUGUAAGAGGAGGGUUUAGAUACAGGGUGAUGCUUUGGUAGCAAGAAAACCCUGUCAUUGCAAAAUUACAGCUGCUAUUGAUUUUGACUAGGGCUGCAACAAACGACUAUUUUAAUUGUCGACUAGUCACUGACUAUUGAAAUGAUUAGUUGACUUAAAUUUAUCAUUUUGCUUUGUCUGGGCUAAAGUGCUCCUAAACUUGGAGGUUUUUAAAUGAGUUCUCGUAACUGCAGUACAGGACGCCGGCGCCGCCAUGUUUACCCAACCCACCCUAUCACUCGGCAGAGAAACUAUUGCGCACGAGUGACUCUAGGCAGAGAUUGUAAUGAAGUAAGAUGCCUCACUCCACUGGAAAAAACCUGUCUGGUAACAAUGACAAUGAAUUCCAUUGUCGGCUUUUUUCGUUAUCGAUUUUUGUCAACAACGCCGACUAAUCAUCGCAGCCCUAAUUUUUACACUGUAAUGCUACAUACACUAGACUUUAUUUUGUUCUUGCAGGACAGAAGUUGAUGUUAAGUAGCUUGUUAGUGCUGUAAAUAGGAGGGCACCUUGAACAUUUAAGACCGUGUUCAAUCAAAGACUUCUGAUUUUUCAAAACAAAGCCAGUCAGUCUACUGGGACAACAGUUCCAUAACCCAAAUCCAAUAGUUUGAUAACGUGCACAGGCCAUGGCAUGAACAUUACAAACAGCAAACACUUUACUAUUAGAAAAUACUAUUUUAGUAUUAUUCAUACCCAGAUGGAUUUAUCAGGGGUCUCAGAAUUGUGCGUAAAUCACCUCUGAAUCUUUCUUGCAUCCAGCUAAAGUACUAAUACUGUCGAAUUGUGCAAAACUUAACACUGUGUAUCUAAAAAGGAAGGCAUGUCUUCUCUUUAGCCGGCGUUAGCUGUGAUGUUUGGCUGGUUUCGGGACUCGUAUUAACAGCAUGGCUUUGGAAUGAGUUCUGCUGGAUAACAUCAACCUGCUGAAAGGGUUGAUAGCAUGGUGCAUGACGUCACCACCUCCUCUCACUGCACUCAGAGUCAUGUUCAUAGCUUGGCCAUGUCAUGACCGACACGUCUUUCAACCAGAAAGACGCAGAGUGUUGCCGCUGGUUUUUGUUUUUACCUUGUGGAUAGAAGUGUGGAGCUGUGAUCAACUGAGACCAACAAUGCUUUGUCGCCCAAGAUCUCAAUGUUACCCAGUGAAAAAGCUUGAUGACUACCUCCAAUUCAAUUUGAUCAAAUGAUACUGAUGUAUGGAGAAGCUUUGGAGUGCAGGAGUUUGUCAUCAUUACUGUGUUGCACUCCUUUAGUUUCUCUCCAAGCCAACAAGUCCAGGUGAGGCCAACACGGGGGCUUGGUGAAUUGUGCCAAGGAUUAUGUUCAGAUUGGGUUUUUAGAUGGGUUGGUGUUCGGACCAACUUAAGAGAAGUAUAAGGAAACUAAAAACUGAAGGGCUUCACCAGGGGUGCCGCGGUAACCCCCAAAACAAAACACUGCGGUAUUAACAAGUGAAUUGUAGACAACCUCACAACAUCAUCUCUUUCAGUUCUCAGCCCAGUGAAAAAUGAGAGUUGAUAGUUGAUAAAAAGUAACUCAACUAUUCAUCAAUAGACAGACCUGUGCAAAAAGACUUCAUAUGUAGUACUGAGCCAAUGAGAAAUUUCCUCCCCCUGACAGCCCUAAUCUUCACUGGUGUACAAUACCUGACUGAGCCAUAUCGGACCAGUUAAACCAGUUCUAGGGAUGCUUGAGACUCUGUGUUACAAACCUGACUGUUUUUACUUACAAGAAGCAAGAAACCAGAGACCUGUCCUGGAUCUUGUUUUUCGAGGGUCUUCCUGGACCCACUCAUGAAUUACAAAAAAAUGAGAGAUCUGCAAUUACAAGGUAGUAACUUGGGACUCAUGUCUUAGGGGCAGAUCUAGUUUGCAAACCAUGAAACAUCUAAGUUUACCCAAUGUGUCACCAUUUGGUGACACUGGGACUUUACUGGUCAAACCAGAGGAAACCAAAAGCUGUUAUUAAGUCAUCUGUGCUGGAUGAAAUAGAUUUGGACCUCACCUGGAUGUGCUGGCUCAUUUUCUUUGAGGAGGUUAACAUCUCUGACAGAAAUGUAAUCAGAAAAUAACUGAACAAUGUGUGCAAAGUAAACCAAACUUAUUUAUCGAGGCUGAAAGAAAUAAUCUGAAUGAUUGGGAAGGGCAAUGCAUUGUUAUUGGUCUCAAUUCACAUCCCUGCUUUGACUCUGAGAAGAGUCCCUAUGCAAAGCAUUGAGAUGCCAAGACCUUUUCCAGUAAGUUGUCACUGUGGGAUGAGGGCUACACCUCCUGGAGUGUGAUUGGCCGUUCUCUUGUGUCUCCAAGGCAACAAGACGGUGGUGAGAGUUAUACCAGUGAAAGAAGUGCCCCCUAUAAAAGUGGGGGAUCUGAUCGCAGGCGCCACGUACCAUGUGAGGGUUUACUCCCAUGAACUCAACAGCAUCAGCAGCAAAUCUGUCCCCUUUAAGACCAAACCAGGUGAGACCCCAACUGGCCAGGUGAAACCGGGGUGCCAGCCAGGUGGGCUAAUCUGACUACAAGUCUGUCUGUUGUAAUAUCUGCAGUAACUCAGUCGAGGCUGGGUGAGUUAUUAUGGUUUGUUUUUUGAUUCCAUGCAUGUCUGGACUCACUGCAACUGUCUACACGAGUCACAUUCAACCUCAAAACUGGAUUUUCUCCAAGUUAAGGGCAUAAACGUUUCACUACAAGACAAUGACCUUCAUGGUUCUCUUCUUUAUUAGCUUCUGUGGACAUAAUAAGUACCAGACAGCUACUCUCCAUUUUGCUAUUUAUUCAAACAUAAUGCACAUCGAGUGUUGCAAUAAAUGCUUCCUAAUUCAUUUUUCCAGCCUUGUAUUGUGAAUUGAGCCAGGAGUGCUGUUUUUAAUGUUGACAAAGACAGAAUUUGAUGGUUUGUGAAUAAUCAUGUAACCUCAUUUGUAAUUUAAAAUAAUGUGAAGGUCACGGGGAGGUAUACUUGCUUUUGAACUGUGUGCUGACAACAAGCCUGGUGGUCCCUUCCCUCUUAUCUCUAAAGUAGACAAUGCUGCAUCUGUCAAAUUUCAAUUGGUCUUACUUCAAGUUUUGUAGAUGAUGACUACUGAGGUUCUUUGCGAUUUGUACUUGGAGGGACACUAUUCUGAAACCUCAAACAGGGUCUCACAGACCGGUGAGCCUCUCCCAUAUCUUUACUUCCCACAGACUCAGCUCCCCUGGUCUGUCCUUUUCUUACGCAAUCAUGUUGCUCACUUGACUCACUUUUACUUACCUGAAUUAUUACAGGGGACAUUUUUCAGUUAGUUUUGGUGUCCCUGUCCCAACUUUUGGAAACUUGUGGCUGUCAUCAAUUUUAAGAUUUCCAGUUUCAUUAUUUGUUGUCUUUGCACUAUUAGGUGAUUUACAAACCAUCAAAACCUUUCCUGACUUUUUUGCAGUUGAGGUUGUUCAGCCCACUAAACCUGCUGAUAUCAGGGAUUCGCAUAUCGAUUUCUGUUUUUUGUUGUAUCGUUAGCUGUCAUAGAUAGCCAUGCAUCUUCAGUAUGUCCACUGCUACACAUGCUAAGCAUCCUUGUUUUAACUUGCUGGCUAAUGAACACUUGGACUCUACUAGUUUAAUUACUUUCAUGCAGUAACAACAUUGUUUUGUUUGGUAAUUGGUUAAUGUUCAAAUUUAUUGCUGAAAUCCUGAGAUUUAAUAAGUAGAAGCUGUUAACAGAUUUCGCUCACGGAUUGUUCUGAAAUCUACUCGUCAUAUCGGAUCGGCUGAUUGGACACUUGAUUUCACACCCCAAACUUCUGCAUCUGACGUUCUUUGUGGAAAAUUUGCAUCAUUAUUAUUCUCAUGCGUGGGAUUCUUUGAACAGCCUGGAUAUGAGCUCGGGUUUAAAUAAUUAGAGGUUGGUUUGACGAUGUCGACUCUCUCUGCUGAGCGCUCUGGGUUUCUAAGCAGGUUGACUCACCUUGAUGCAGAAAAACACUCACUUAGUUUCUGCUCUUCUUUUGUGUGUGUUUCUUGUGUGUCUCCAGCGUACAUAGACCAGGUUGACAUUGCCACCCAAGGCUGGUUCAUUGGCUUGAUGUGUGCCAUCGCCCUCAUCAUUCUGAUCCUCCUCAUCGUGUGCUUCAUCAAGAGGAGUCGUGGAGGCAAAUAUCCAGGUAAGGCCUGAAGCUCCAACACUGAACAAAACUAUUUUCAUUUCACUUUGAAAAUUCAUCAUACUGAUCUGCAGUAUGUGAUAAAACAACCAUUAGAUUCAUGUUAAUGUUUCCAGUUUCUAUAAUGUCUAGGUCACAGUUGCGUAACUGGUUGCGCAAAAUAUCUAGGUGGGUUCCUGUGUGUGGUACUUUAAAGAACUAACCGCUGUUGAUGUGCAAAAUUAAAUACAGAUUAUAACCAAAGAGACAACAUGUACUCGCACUGACAUUUUACGACAUCAGUUUUUUGUUAUUUAACUGCUUUUAACUGCUGUUUAUAAAUAUGCUUCAAAUGACACUGUGUCCUAAAUCCAUACUACAGUAUAUAUGGAUGGCAUAAAAAGUAUUGAAGGUAGUUAAAAAGUACAUAUUUUGAUAUUUUAAAUAUUCUCUCUUUCUUCAGAUCAUUUUUGUCUGUGCAGCUUUGUAUUUUGAUGCAGUUUAAAGUUGCAGUACGAUCCAGGAAAGUUUAUAAUCUCUUUUAAACCAGCAUCAAUUUAAAACCAGAAAAGCACUCGGAGAGCGCAGACCUCCGCCAAGCAGCUCAUGUCCCCCCUUAUAUUGUGAUUCACACCAAAACUUUUACUGUUACGUGUCUUUUAUUAACUUUUAUUUGUGUUUAAACUGGUAUGUUCACUGUUCAUAAUGUUCCUAAAACAAGAAAUGCCCUGACCCAGAUUUGAACCCAGGACCUUCUUACUGUGAGGCGACAGUGCUAGCCACUACACCACUGUACCGCCCAUUGGUUAUCUUUCAACAUUGAAAAUUCCAAUGACACCCUUAUUUUUGUGUGUUCUGGAUCACAGUAUCCAGAAUUUUGUCUGGAUCAGGAUCAACCUUUGACACCUCAUAAAACUCAUUAAGAUCCUUUUGUGUAAUUUUUUACUAAAGACUCUGGACAUUUUUAUAGAGUUAAAUGCAAAAAUUCCAAAAUUUGCCCUAUCUCACAAUGAUAAAGAAUCCUUCAAAAAAUUCCUGGAUCCAGAAGGCGAUCCGGAUCACCACCAAAAUGUAAUGGGAUCCUCCUGGGGCUGAGACGCACCUGUGGUGAAAAUUUCAGAUCAAUCCGUUUGUUACUUUCUCCGUAAAGUUGCUAACAGACAAACAAACAAAUAAACAAACAAACAAACAAACCAACAAAACAACAAACCAACGCUACCGAAAACAUAACAUGCCAUCUGUUGUUGCUGAAUUGCAGAAUAAAGACGCUCACAGUUAUUAUUAUACAUACAGCAUGUUUUAUUGGAUGGUGGGUAUGGAGUUGGGACACAGUGUACGAUAACAGUUGAAUUAAUAAAAGCUGAAGACAAAUUAGUUUUUAUGGAAACACUAAAUGAGGACUAACACAAACCUUCAUCUCCUCAAUGUGUGGACUGCAGUGUGCAUUAACUCUAACCAUGACAUAAGGUGGUUCUCUUCAAAACGCUGAAAAAAAGUAUGUUUGCUCUCCUCUCCUCAGUCCGUGACAAAAAAGAACUCCCCUUGGAUCCAGUAGAUCAGAAAGACCAGGAUGGAUCCUUUGAUUACCAGUAAGUAUAAUAUAACAGACGGAAUCACAACUUCUUUUUUUACAGCAGAGUCACUGUUUUUGGUGCUGGAAGGAAACACUUCUUAAUAAAUCAGGUUAUAGAAUAAAACACUUAAUUAGUGUAUCUUUCAGACUUUGGUUACAGCUAUCAGGCAGAGACUAUGAAAAACAGCUGUAGCAUUGUGGAUAGUUUGAGGACUUAGCAAGAGUGUCAAAAACAUUUGACUGAGUUUUUAGUCAGUUCAAAGCGCCAGUUAAAUAGAGAGUUUGUUGAAGAAUAUUCAUUAAAACUUUCUUAAUUAAGCUUCUUCCUAGCAUUCCAGAAAUUAUGUGACUGAAAUAGAGUAUGAUUCUGUAGAGAAGCUUAAAAUCUAGAAGCAAAUCUGAAAGUUUUUUUUUGCACUUGUAUUGCAGUCUGUACCAGCUUUGUGCAGGCUUACGUCUCACCUGAGAUAAACACAACCUGAAAGUAAAUCUAAACGUCAUCCACAUCAAUAGAAAUAGUGAGAUUCAAGCAGACAUCAUCAGCAGACGCCGCUUUGACCCAAAUGCAAUGUACUAGUAUGGACAUUUUACAUUAAACGAAACAAGGCAGUCUUCCUGGCAACAUGAUGUCGCUCUCAUGUUGCCAAAAACAUGCUUAAUAAAAAGUGUUUGAUCUAGGAUGGGCGCUGUAGCUUCAGUUUGGCACUCAGAGAGCUCCAUUGUUGGGAGAAAAUAUUAGAAAUCAUAAAUUUGCAACAUCUGCUUAGACUUUAAAAAGCAUUUUACUUUUCAUUAACUGGUCUUGUUGUAAAUCAGUUGCAUUGUGGUGUGUAAGCACCAAUAUCACAUGAUUUGGUUAAAGAAAGAAGAUGUUUAAGUUCCUGCCACCAUCAUCUAAGCAGAACUUUUGCUCUGUUCUUUCUUUGUAGGAGAUUUCAGUCAUACCAAAACAAAGUUAGAGGGCUACUCUUGGGGUCUCCUGGUCCUCUGACCGAGACCUUUUUUUUUAAUUUUUUUUAAAGUAGGGAGUGAGAAACAUUUAUGCUGUUUGUAUUGUAGCAUGUGAUUGUGCAGCUCAUGAUGGUAAGUGAUCUUUCUUUUGCUCCUUGCAGGUCCAAAUGAUCUCUGUUGCUUCAUUUUUCCCAAUGAAGCACCAGCCUGUCGUUCUUUAUCUGUCCUCUUUUUCUAAAAACAUGUUGACUAAUCUCUUUACCUAUAUGUUAUAACUGAGCCGUCUAAGAGUGGUGGUAAAUCUUUAACCUUUAAUUCAAGACCAUAGAAGUGAAUGUAGCAACCCAAUGUUACCAACUGGUUUUUAAAACCCCAUUUUUUGAAAUCUAGUAUUGGUUUCCGAAACCAGAGGCGACAAUAUUUAGACUUGGAUAUCUUAUGAAAACAUUUCAACCAUGGCCCAGAGUUGUUGAUUUAACUCCUAAUUAUACCAAAGUUAGCAUUGUGCAGGUACACAGUGAACAUCAUGCCGCACUGUAGAAGAAUUGAGGACUUCACUAUUAAAAGAAAUUCAUUAGGAACAAUUUUACUGAGGUAACAGGCCACAUCCCCAUGUUGGCCGUUUUCUAAUAUCAUCAUGCUCAAGGGGGGAACUCAAACAUUGUUUUCAUAUUAAAAUCGUGUUGUUGACGAGUUAACAUGAUGUAAAAAUAGGCACCAACACAAACUAUAACUUCCCCAGUCCCAUAGUCUUCUAUUAUGUUUUGCAUGCCGAAAAAUGUGUCUUCCCAAUCACAUUUAUCAUUUGUAAACACAAAAGUAGCCAAACACUGAAGUUGGUUAACAGUUUGUUUAAAUGUUUUUAACCUGAAGCUCCGUUGGGAGGUUUUUGACUAUGAAACAGGCUGAAAAUAACAGUAACAGCUCAAAACGACCUACAGAGGCAAACAAGGCCCUCAAUGACAGGAACGACUAUUCUUACGAAUCAAUUUCUGACACCUUUAGACACCUUUUACAAAGAAAAUAUUCUCGUAGAGUUAUACAUUUCACUGCUAAAAGGCACCUUGUGUCAGACAACGCUGUUUGCACAUGUGCUGGACAAAUGUAGUAAAGAUGUAGGGGCUCUCCUUUUGUCCACAGGUGGAGCUUUAAGAUAUCUGAUGGAGUAUUAGGGCCACAUUAAAAAAAAGGGAAGACUAAGAUCUAAGUCGUUAACUUAUGAGAAUGAAGUCAAAAUAAACUUUACUCAACUUUAUUCUCAUAGGUUAACAACUUUAAUCUCAAAGUCUUGAAUCUUUUUUUUUUCUUAAUGCAGCCCUAAUACUCCAUCUUAAAGAUACAGCCCGAUCCUAUCUUCCACUACCUAUUUCCUUUGUAAUAAUCAAUGGAGGAGCUGUGAAGUGACUAGUUUGUCAGAUGAUACAUCUUACAAUCUGAGACACGGCAGUGAGACAUGACAACAAUAUUUGAGCUCCUCUCCCUGAGGGAGAUAUCUACAAUUUGAUCUCAAAGACGGCUAAUAUUUUCUGUUCAUUUGCUGCCAGUGGAGUCGCCCCCUGCUGGCCUUUUAACACACUGCAGGUUUGAGGCUAAGUUCACUUCUUACAGACAGUUUGUGUCAUUGACACUCUUAAUACCCUUUCAGUGUUUUUUUUUUAUCAUAUUAUCUUAUAUAAUCAACUUGGAUCCUAUUGAUAAAGAGGCAACAGUAUAAACAAUAUAUCGAUAUAUCAGUGGAUCCUUUUAUAGUCCGUAUAUUUUUGUUAUAUGUAUCCAAAGCCACAGGGAAUGUACAUACAGCCUGUAUUUUAUAGCUUUAUAGUUUGCUUUGCCUUUGCUUAAGUAGAAAAUGACAUAAACAGGGUAAUUUUAGAUCAGGCGUGAUCAGCCGUAUCACCGCCUGAGUGGGGCUGUGCUUAACAUGGUGUGACCAAUCCCUCUCCUGUUUGUGCUCCUGCUUGAAUUUUCUCACCAAUAAUGACUCUAACUUUUACACCCACCCCAGCUCUCUUUCAGGGUCAUUUCUUUCCUCUGUCUCUGACCCGACUCUGUCCCUCAAGUCCACUCAGUGUGUUUCUGUUUGUGUGUUUGUGUGUGCAUGCAGGAUUUACAUGCAUGUAACAUGUAGAGCUGGUGUCCUCCUUCCUUCUUCUUUCUUCUACACUCCCUCUCUCUCUCUUGCUGUCUCCCCUGAUUCCUCACAUCUCGUUCCUCUCUUUCCCCCACGCUGAAAUGGGUCGUCUGUACCUGACAGGAACGAAAACGAAAACGAGAACAGGUACUUUGGUCUCGGCACGGCAUCUCUUUCGGCCUGCGCAUGUCUGGGGAGCAGAUGUUUCUUCUGAGCAGGGGGAAACAUGGGGAAGUGGAUAAGGUGGAGCUUAUUUGGGGGGAUUUAAUGGAACUAUAUAGUUUUAGUCAAGUUUUUGUCUUAUUGAUCAGUCAUCCUUUGGCCUGCAGUUGUUUUUAAGCACUAUUUGAAAAAUAACAUACAGUAGAAAGAGGAAAUACUACUUUGUGGUUUAGGACGUUCAACAAAGAGAGGAACAGUUCCUCUGUCGGUGUCAAACUGUGCUUUUAAUAAUUUAUCAACCUGUCAGUCCAUUUUUGUACAGCACAAACUCAUCACAAAACUUUUUCAGGACACUUUAAAAAACAUUUUUAGAUUGUACUACACAUAUUGUUUAAACAGCAAUCCAGUAUGAGCAAAUGAGCAAGCAGUAGGGCUGGGCGAUAUGGGAAAAAGUCUAUCACGAUGUAUUUUUUCAUAUCAGUCGAUAUCAAUAUAUAUCAAAAUAUUAAAAAAAAACACUUGUCAAUCUGAAAUGUUGCCUGUUACUCUUAAAUAAAAUUUAAUAGUGCUUAUUGGUAGCAUGUUUGCAAUACAAUAAGCUACUGCAUUCUGUCUCCUCAACGUUUUGUCAUAAGGCGUUGCGCCAGAGAAAGCAGAAUGGUCGGCUGCAUAGGCGCCAUGGGCUCCUUGCUCCACUCAAGGUUUGUAACCUUUUGCGUUGCGCGUUUUCUCUCGUUUUCUCUUUUUCUCACUGACAGUGCUGUCGGCUUCACAUGUUAAAGUGCUAUGGUUGCGUGUAGCUGCAGCCUGCUUCUGCUGUUUAGUACUUGGUUCUAAUUCAGCACGGUUGGUUCAGCGUAAAGCGGACCCGGAGCAACUCUCCUUUUCAUUGGCUGUUGGUAUACUCGACCAAAACAUGGCAGAACGCCGACUAUCAAAAAGCAUAUUGACCAAGUUUUAUAUUGAUAUCAAGGGAAAUUAAUUUUCGAUAUAUAUUAUUAUCAUUUUAUCGCCCAGCCCUAGCAAGCAGUUGGCAGCAGUGACGAGAAAAAAAUAUUUUUUUUCAACAAGCAAAAACCUUCAACAGCACCUCAUGUUAAAAAGCCAGAAAGAGAGAGAGAGAUAGAUGGAUAGAGGCAACCACCAACUCCCCAAAAAUAACAAAAACUAACGGCCGAUUAGCACCAACAGAUCAAAGUGACUCUGAUACGAGUUUAUUGACAUUUAAGAAAGUAUCUGCAGCCAGGCCUACAGGAAAUAUAAAGAGGAUGAUCAAGUGUUAAGGGCGAAGAGCAGGGCAACAUGUUUGGCACAGUUUGACACCCUGGAAGAUCUGGUUAAAAGCAACAACAGUGGAGAAGAGUUUUAGGAAAAGAGCUUUUGUCUCUUUUCAAAAGACAUUUAGUGAAUAGAGUUUGCAGGAAAAGAUAUUUACCAUCAUAAAAACACUUUCCUGCAUGGGAGUUAUAGUUUAGUUUCCGAAGAUCUAUUGCAACAGGGACCUUUAUAUCCGUCGUCUGCCAUCAGCAUUGUAAAAGCUAAAUGCUGAGACCAACAUCGCUUUAAAGAAGUCAGAAGGGGCAAGAAACACAAGCACUCAGAUUCUCAAUGAAAUCAAUCCACCUCAGUUUACAGACCCACUCUGAUGCAACCAAGACCUGCCACAUUUACUGUAGUUGAGUGAAUAGUUUUGUUUUCAGGGUAACUAAGUGUCAUUAUUAUUAUUAUGAGUAAAUGAGCUUAUGUUGUACUGACACAUGACUCUGGAGAAACUGCUGCUUUAUUUAUAACCCAAACUUUAUGCACAGUAAGAUUUUGCACAGCUCGACAUUAUCAUUGAGAACAUCUGAUGGUUCAGUGUGUUUAUAAGGACAAAUAGGAUAUUAGAGUUUGUCUGAUUGUCUGACUGCUUGUGUUUUCCUGCCUUUUGAAACUUCGCUUCAGCCUUACGAGCUGCUGCGGUUCUGCACCGACACAUGCUAUGCUGCUAGUUUAUCAUAAGGAAACUAACAAAAAGGGAGAGGGACUGACUUUAUUUGAAGCCUCAACCUCUACGUUUUAUAUCAUUAGGUUCAUGAUGAUAUAAUUGACCUCUACUCUCAGCAAUAAUGUACAGAAGUUGUUCCUCAUGUCACCAGCAAUAUAAGAUCUUUUCUUUCUGUGUCUGUUUAUUUAGCAUGUGGUGUUAUCCAUCUGUCUCAUGACUGUGUUUCUCUCUCUACCCACUCCACUCUGUGUCUGUGUCCUUUUUCUUUGUAUCGAUUUUUUUUUUUCCCUCAAUGGUCCAAAGGUCUCUGGAAAGGUAUGAAAGGAGACACUCCUCCUGUUUCAACACCUGAAUCUUUCAUGCUGCUCUACGGAAAUCUGAGCUUCUUGUUUCUUUUUUCUUUUGCCCCUUUCUUUUGAAUUUAAUUGAUCAAUGUUUGUCAGACCCAUUCCACUAACUUCUAAUAAGAAACAACUGAAAGUUAUGCUAUUAAAAAAUUGUUUAACUCUGUUUUUAAUUCUGUUUUAAAGACAGUGUAGCUGCAAUCAAAGGUCUUCUAUAUGAAAGUCCACUCGUCUAUUGAAGUUAACGUGAAUCUCUCAGCAAAUUGUCAGUGUCGGAAGAAAAGAGAUAAAAGUUAACUACCACUAUCAGCAAAUCCAAAAAUGUCAACAGAUGUACAGCCAAUAAGUUGAUGUAUUAAUUAUGUGGACACAAUGACGGCUUAUGCACACAGAAAAUGAGCUCCAAUGUGAAUGGAAGUAUUUUGAAGUGUAAACAGAUAAUUUGAUCGUGCAUCUCAAGAACCAUUAUCCCCAAAAGUUUCUGCAGCUUCUACUUCAACCAUUCAGCAAAGUUAAAAAACAGAACCGACCACCCAAAGAAGCUUUACAAGAAAAAAAAAUUAGAUUUUUUACCGUCACAGGCCUGCCUCAAGCAUGAUGUACUUAAUGUUGAAUUAUUGUUGACCAAAUCGAGUUUGAGAUAUAAGCGUUAAGCUAGCUUUCUUGGAGGACAGGCCAGCAUUAGUUAGUUUUAGUUAGGUUGAAGCUCACGUGAAAAAUGCUUGCCCCACAUUAGCUUUCCUCCCACUCCCUUUCCAUCUACGUCCUUCCAUCUUCAGUCUGUUUUCUGGAAGCAUCCAUCUUUUCACUGUGUCUGCUUCUCUUAUUGUUCCUGCCUCUACUCUUAAAGGUUUUUAUGGUUUGAUAAAAAAAGAAUCUGGAUUUCUGGUUCUUGAAGAGUUGAAUUUGCUGCAUCUUAAAUGUGUCUGACUCUGAUCGCAUUUUGCCUUGGUAUAUUUACACUAUUGAUUAUGAAACUGUAUGAUUUUUAGGAUCAAUCAAGUCAUUUGUUUGGUCCCAAAGUGUAUUAGCAUGGAGCAUGACAAUGAUUCACAGAGGCUACAGUGAUGGUUUGAUUCUCUCCCAGGGAAGAAGGAAAGCUGUCUAAACUACAAUGACUUUAAAAUGUGAUACAAAGACGAGCAGGAGAUUACCGCCCCUUUCCUCCUUAAAUCUUCUCUUUGGCAUCCUAAAUGCAUUUUUUUGCUGUUAUGCUACUGGCUUGAUCCAAGACAAGAGAGUUAAUGCAAAUUUAUAGCUCUCAUCUCCCUGUGCAUGAAGUCUCUUCCCCCUCAAGUCAGAGUUAGGAGAGGAGUUUGCAGCCUUGCUCUGAACUGAGAUGCAGCACAGCUCCACAUAUGAUGGUGCAGCAGAGUUUUGACGCUGUAAUCUCCGGUCAGAAUACGACUAAGAUUAAGCAUGUGAAUGCAUUAAAUUUACAGGGACAGUAUGUCUUUUAAUCACCCCUGUCUCCUACAAAAUACUGUAUCCUUACCUCUUAGUUUUUUAAACAUGUUGUAUGAAAUGUAACUGCUGCCUGAAAUAUCAAGGAAAUUGUUUUUCUACUACAGGACGUGUGAUUCCCUGAUACCAUACUGGAGCCAUAGAUGUGACAAGUUUUUGUCUUAUAUCCCAGUAUAAUUGUAUUCAACCGGUCUGAGGUAUAUUCAGGCGUGAGGCAGAAUUACAUUUCCAUAUAAAUACAUUUUCAUAAGAACAUUAUUUUUAAGAGACAGGGUUGCUUUGAAAACAUCGAGGUCAAUACUGCAUAAUGUUCUGCAAAAGCAACUUAGACUUUGAUCUACAAGCAUCUUUGACAGUAAAGUAAAUGCAGCUGUUUUUAAAGGAAAGGUUUGGAUUUUUUUAAUUCUUCACAGACAAAGAAAGGCCUUCUCAAGGUUUAGAGAAAGCAACAGAAAACGUGGUGACGACAUCACUUUGGGCUGGAGGUACAACAGAUCACAAACCUGAAGGUUUGGUUCACAGAUUCAGAGUCAGGUUUUGGGUCACAAUAUGUCUAUAUGUAUCUCAGUUUCUGCUAAGAUAAAGUAAUUCUACAAGAUCUAUCUUGAUAUUAUUUUUUUAUUAAACGUUCUAGAAAUUUAGCAUGUAACAAAACAGGCGGUUUCCAACAGGUGCCCGAGAUUAGCCUGGCUGGGCCAUCCAGUUGCGUGAAUCACUUGCCGUUCCUUCCCACAACAGUCUGGACUUCGGCCCAUUGGGAGCGUGUAUUAGUGAUCAGAAAAUAACCGGGCCAAUCAGAGACUGUGUUUCCACUGUUCCCCGGACAACAGGGAAAGGCAGCCCCUGAUUGGUCCAUUUGUAGAUGGUGACGUCUAACACAUGCUGCGGGACUUUUCAAAGUGCCGUUCAUUCAGAACGCUGUUAAUUCUGCAGUUGACUUUGCAAAGUCGGCAGAAAUCGUUUAUAUCUGCAGAAGACGUCGGAUAUAAACGAUUGGAAACACAGUCACAGGCCCGGUUAUUUUCUGAUCGCUAAUACACGUUCUAGAAAUUUAGCAUGUAACAAAACAGGCGGUUUCCAACAGGUGCCCGAGAUAUCUUCUGUGGCGUUCAGUGAGCAGGACAUCAGCGCAGAUGUCUUCUCUGGAAUCCAAAACUGAGUCAAGGACAAGAACAAAAAAAAGAUGUUGCAAUGAAAUAAAGUGACCAAGAAACAAGCAAGAGGGGAGCAAAACCCACUCUGGAUUUUAAGGCUUUGGAAAGAGAGCUAAUGUAAGUCGGAAGAGGUGCCAAAGAUACAGAAGUACAAAUUCCCAUUUCAUGCUGCCCAAAUACCAACAACAACAAAAUACUAUCAGCUUCAAUUUAGCUAACCCAGCACUUUGACCAAAUCUAAGAGUUUAGGAAUCGACAAGGACAGUGGAUGUUGUCCCUGUAAUGUUUGAGCUGUUGGCAUUUGAGAUGUAGGAGGUGAACAGUUCAGCUGUGUAGAACUGAAAACAUUCAAACCGAUCCUUUAAAUAAACACUGGAAAAGAAAUGAACUUCAGAUAAAGAAAUAGUCUAAAAAGGUGUUUAUCAAGUUCAUAAUGGAGAAGUAACACCAUUUCUUUACCUGCAAUGCUCUUAAUCUUUCCCUUCCUUGUGCCUGACUAACUCGUGCCAAUGGGGAGAUGAUGUUCCUGACCUCCAGCGAACACAAUCUGACAACAUCCCAGUUAUGGCGUCUGAUUCUCUGGCUGUUUUUUUACCUUUACAGCAGCGAUGAGGACAACAAGCCUCUGCAGGGCAGCCAGACGUCGCUGGACGGCAACGUGAAGGAAAGCGACGACAGUCUGGUGGACUACGGCGAAGGCGGAGACGGUCAGUUCAACGAGGACGGCUCUUUUAUCGGCCAGUACACGGUGAAGAAAGACAAAGACGAGACGGAGGGCAACGAGAGCUCUGAGGCCACCUCACCCGUCAACGCCAUCUACUCAUUGGCGUAG